CAUAUAAUAUUACCGACUGUUGAGUGUUAACUGUUUAUUAUUGAAAAUUUUACCAAUUGAACUACAGUGAAUUAUUUUUUGUUUUUAAUUUUUAAAUUGACACACCUAUUAUAAAAAAUUUUAUUUUAUGUUAUAGUGGAUUGAUGAAUGUAUAGAAGUGAUGUUAAGUGAUAUUAUUAAUUUUUAUAGUGUUGUUUAAACAAAAUACGUUCCAUGAUGGAUGACCGCUGGCAAACAUUUUUCGAGACGUUUCCUUCGACUGUGACUACUGAACAGUUGCCCGUUAAAUUACCUAGAUUUGAUUUGGAUCUGAGUGAUUUAGCUGGCGCCGCUGCAGAUUGGUGUCAUCAGUAUUUGAAGGACAGGUAAAUAAAAAUUUUCGUACAAACAAAAAAAAAAAUAAAUUGAUUUACCUAAUAACUAGGAAACUAAGAUUUAGGGUGUAUAAAGUUUAAAUAUGAUCUAUUAAUAAACUAGGUAAUAAACAAUCAGUCAUCCUUUUUUUAAGUAUUAAUAAGCCCUAUAGAAAUACUUAUGGAAUAAAUAUUGUUAAUAUUGUAUGUUAUAUUUUGUACAAGUAUAAUAUAAGACUACAUUAAGAUUACAAUGAGGCAUCAAUUUAUAUUCAUCAUUAUCAUUUAUUUAUCAUAUAAUUUUUUAAAUAUAAAUUAAAUAUAUUUUGAUGGUUUUUUUUUCUACUCAGUUAGGUAUUACAGUCGGAAGGAACCAAAUUUAUUAACUAUCAUAAUAUAUAGGUACCACACUACUACUUAUUAGAUUUUUAUUGUUUGUUUAGAUCACUUCUAUACUUAAAAGCCUGUAGAUUUAAUAUUUAUUUUUAUAUAUUUUUUGAACAAAUUUUAGGUUAAAUAUGCAAGUAUAUAAAAAAUUCUCUGACUAUUUUAAGCAGUACUGUUUCUAUAGAUUUUGUAUUGCCUGUGGGCAAAUAAAAGAUUUAAUUGGCUUAUCUCAUUAUUCAUUAGUCAUUACUAGGGAAAAUAAUUAAGUAGUGUAUAAUUCAAUGUUACUAUUGUAUGAAAAAUAUGCAUUAUAUUACACAUAACAAUUAUUAGUUUAUUUAACUUUGUAAUUUAAAAACUAUUCAAAUUAAUUUGGCAUUUCUAGAUAUUAAUUACACUCAUUUUUGUAUUGAUUGCGUAUUAUUGAUUAUUAUACUUAGUAUAUGAUUAUUAUUUAUUAUAGUAUUAAUAUUAUUAAAAAAUAUAUUUAUGUAACUUUUUACAUUUAAUUCUAAAUGUAAUUUAUACUAUAUCAUUAUAUAUGUAUUUUAUUUUGCAGAAAAUGCCCUUGCGAUCUUAUUGUAAUUUUGACAAAAAUAAUUAUUAACAAUUUAAGAAUACAGUGGGCAGCUGAACCAAAAUCCUUUGGAUACCGGCCUGAACACAGGGGUUUGUUUAUUACAAUUAUUUUUCUGAAUAAAUUUCAUUCAAUGAGUAUUCAAAUAAUUAUAUUAUUUUAUUAGAUUAUCAAGCACUAUGGUUAAUGAAGAGAAUAAUUGAAGAAUUAAAUGAAGUUUGUUUGAACUUUACUACUAAUAAUCCUGAUCAUCUAUUAAAACCUAUGUUAACUUCAGUCUGGUGGUCAUCAUUUACUUUGAAAAAUACCAGACGUCAAAUGGAAGAUUACAUAGCUGUUGUCCCUUAUUUACAUACAUUAUUUGACAUUAAGGUAUUUAUAAUUUUAACACGUAUAUUUUUACUAUACAUUUAUCAAUCGAUUCAUCUAACAGCUGAUAAAUUAACCUAGCUAUACACAAUAUUACUAGAUAUCUAGGCGUUUAUAGCAUAGUCCGAUUCCAAAUUUUCAGAUAGAAUUAUGUUAUUAACAUCAGUCACUUUCAUUAAGUAAAACUUUUUUAUUACAUUUUGGUAAAUCAUUUUUUUUUCACAAAAUAAAAUUUUUUUUUUUGCAAAUAUAAAGGACUAAAUUAUCAAACCCUAAAUGAUUUAGUUAAUAUAAAUAUACAUACAUAUUAUGCACAAAAUGUUAAAAAAAAAUUAUUUGUUUAGAUAAUUUAUAUUUAAUAAGUUGUUAUGUGAAUUAGGAUUUUGGUGAAGCUUCUUUUUAUGCAGUUUAUGAUGGGCAUAAUGGUUUAGAUGCUGCUGUUUAUAGUUCCAUGUACUUACAUCAAUUUUUAGUACAAUCAGAACAUUAUCCAACUAAUCCAGAAAGUGCAUUGUAUGAAGCCUUUUUCACAACAGAUAAAGGUUUUACUCAAAAAACUGAAAAAUAUGUAAGUUUCAUUUAAAUUCUCUUUUAAAAGCAUAAUAUUUUGAUCUUAAAAUAAUAAUUUUUUUGUUUUUUUUUUUUUGCCUCCCAGAAUUUAGUAAGUGGUACAACUGCCGUGUGUGCAUUAUACAGACCACAAGAAAAAAAACUGUAUGUAGGAUGGGCUGGCGAUUCAAUCGCUAUUUUGUGGAAAAAUGGAACUCCAUUAUGUUUAGUAAACAAGCAUGUUCCUGAAAGAGAUGUAUGUUAUACAUUUUUUUUAAAAUUGAUCAUUCAUAAUUUGAUAUAAUUUGUACUAUGCAGUACAAUUAAGCCUAUAAAUUUAGUGUAAUAGUAAUAAUAAUAUAUUUAUUAAGUAUUUUAAUUACUUAGUUUAAAUUUCAAAUACACUUAGACUUGUAAAAAAUUAUCAUUUAAUAUACUAAUGUAGAGAUCAUUUGUAAGUUAAAAAUUUGAGAAUUCAGUUAAAAAAGAAAUAAUAUAAUAACUUAACAAAUAAAACUAGUGAAGCAAUAUUUUAAGAUAAUAUAAGAAAUAAUAAGAAAUAUUUGUUAAAUAUGUAAUAGACAUAUUUUCUCAUUCAUUUUAUACCCCUAUAUUUGUGUAAAAUAUAAAAUAUUUUAGUAGAUCAACAAAUAAUAAAGUUUUAUAUUUUUAAUAUUUUAUAGCUUUUAUACAAUUUUAACUACUGUAAUAUUACAACUUUUUCUUUCUUUGUCUAAUACAAACCUACUCGGCAUAGCAAUUUUAAGCAUUUGUCUGGUAAUAAGUCCGAUCAAUCUUGUAAAGUGAAAAGUAUUUUGAAAAUAGAUUUGUAUUUAGUGUGUAGUGUAUGUGAUACUAGUCUGUGCGCUUUUUUCAAUUUAGUUUUAAUUUUUUAUACACAUUUUAAAAUCUUCAAGUAAAAUGUUUGGAAAAUAAUAUCCAACCAACAAUAAAUUUAAACUAAAAUUUGAAAAAAGUAAACUGGCCGAUCAAAUGUACACUUCAAUCUGAAUUUAAAUUUGUCUACAGAAUUCUUAUCACUUCAGUAUAUUGAUUGAACUAUCUGAAGAAAAAUUAACCAAAUUACUGUAUUGCAUAUAUGUUAGAUAAAGAAAAAAAAAAAUUAAGGUAUCUAAUAUCCUUAAUAUACUUAAUUCAUUAUUUUUAUUUUUAUUCUUGAUUGAAUACUUACAUAACUAAUAAAUUAAAAAAUUAUUUUAUCCAAUUCAUGAAAUACAUACAGUUUCACUUAAUAUCAUGUAGUUACAUGAAUUAAUACAUUUGUUUAUGUUUCAUAAAUAUAGAAAUUGCAUGUUUUAAUGAAUAAUAUCAAUAAAAUCUUGUAUCUUUUAAUUUUUUAUUCUAAUUAAAUACACUUUAUUUUAUAGUUAUUCACUUUUUUAUGUAGGUAGAAAAUGUUAAAUACAAUUAAAAAAAAUAUAUUUGUCAUGAAAUUAUUUUUUUGUUAAUAUACUUUGUGCCCUGUAGUAUUUACAGUGCACAUUAGUGUUGUGAUCCUUAAAGUAUUUAUUUAUUAAAAAACAUAGAUUUUAAAGUGCACUUAACAUUGAUUACUUUAUUUUUCAAAUUUAUAAGUUUAAAUACUUAAAUCUUAGGAAACCCAGCAUACACAAUGUUGGAUUUCCUAAAAUGUCUAGUUUCACAAGUUUCAUUACAAACUUAACACUUAUUAUGUUUGUUGCUUUAUAUAAUUAAAUAUUUUAUUAGUCAUUUUUAUUUUUUUUAAUGAGUUUAUUGUAAUAUUUAUUUUAGGAUGAAACUCAAAGAAUAAAGAAUGAAGGUGGAAUGAUUUCCAAUUGUCAAGGUAUUUGGCGUGUAGAUGGUCAGUUGGCAGUAUCCAGAGCUAUUGGUAAAUAACGUAUUUCUGUUAAUUAAUUUAAAUAUAGUAAUUUUAAUGUUAUUGAUUUGUUAUUAUCGAAUAAUAUGGCAAACUUUUUUGUUUUAAAAGCCUAUGCUUCAACUAAAAUUAAAGGGUGGGUUGUUAGGGGUUAUAGGUUUAAUACUUAAAUACCAUAAAAAAGUAAGUUUGGAGUAAUAAUCAGUGGUGUUUCCAUCAAUUUUUUAUUUUAUUUUUAUUUUUUUUUUUUUGAGAGUUUAUAUUAUAUAACAUCCUGUGCUAUUUUGUAAUAAAUAUCAAUUAUACAAAAAUUAAACUAAAACACAGCGUUUAAAAAUUUAAAAAAAAUGUAUAUUGUAUGAAAAUUGUAAAUUUGUUAAUAUUAAUUACUGAAAUAGAUAAAAAGUAUAUCACUAUUACGUUUUUGGUAAUUACUAAAUUUAUAAGUUGUGUAAACAUUCACUCCUGUAUUUAUGCUUUUAGUGGCAUAUACCCUGAUAAAUCCUAUUUUAACUAUUAGUGAGCAUAUGCAGUAUACCCAAUACAAUAUGUUAAUAUGUUGAUUACCCUAGAGAAACACUACUGGUUAUAACUGAUAAUAAUUAAUAACUGAUUUAUUUAUAAGAGAGGUAAUUUUAAGGUAGUAAUAAGCAUAGAAAAUUAUUAGACCUUAAACAAAUGUUUAAAAAUGUCUACAUGUCACUGAUAUUACUACACAUUACUACUUUUAUGUGUUUCUAAAAAAAGUUUACUUCAUUAUGUGUAUUGUACAGAAUAUAAUUUUCAUAAAAAUAUUAUCAAAAUGUAUGUACAAAAAUAAAUUGAAUAUUGGAACUUUUUAAUUUUAGAUUUUAAUAAAUUGGUUUUCCAAUGUUUUAUUUUAUUUAUUAUUUUUAUUUAUAUUUGUAAACAAAUUUUCUACCAGAAAUCUUGCUUUGAUUUUCAAGUGUAGCAUUUUUUCAGAAAAAAUGCAAUUUAUUUUUAAAUUGUAUAUAUUACGGUCUUUCAAAACAUAAUUGUAACCAAACUCCGCUCAGAAUAGUUUUUUGUAAGCAUUGACUAAUCAUUGUGUACACAUAUACAUUAAAUUUCCCUUCUACCUUUUCAGCUUCUCACCUAAAACAGUGGGCCCUGCAUCGUGUAAAGUAUGUCCUUUUGUUUUUGAUUUCUAUCUGAUACAUUUUUGAAAUAUAUCUAUAGCUUAUGUAUAUUAUAUAUGUAUAUUUUUUUUUUAAAAUGGUUAGUUUUUAUUUUGAAGACAUCAUGAAAAAUUUAAUGACAACAAAAAGUUGAUACGCCGAAGUUUUUAGUAUAAUGAACUCUAUACAAUUGCUAUCUUUAAAUUUGUCAAAAAUAAUAAAAUUAAAAAUAUUUACGAAAACAUUAAAUUAAUUGAAAUAUAAAUGUUUGUAGUCCUUAAUCUCUAUAAGUAUUAUUAAACAAAAAAACAGAAUUUGAUUGUCUUUAUUAUCUCCGAAGAUACUACAAUGGGUAUAUCUUUGUAGGGCACUCUGUAUGUAUAUAUUUAAACCCGUUUUUCAAAUGCAACAAUUUUAUCAAAUAACAUUGUUAUUCUAUUUACAGUGUGAUCCAUUUAUCAUUAACCAACAGUUGUCUCAGAGGAUAUUGAAUAAAUUGGAUAUCUGGUUUUUGUUUUUAUCAUUAUGAAAUUGCUUAGUUCUAUUUUAACACUAUUUUUAAUUAUUUUAUCCAUAAUUCUUAUAUCUAAGUUUAUUACCCUUCCCUAAUCCUCUCUUCUAAAUUAACUGAACUGUUCAAUUUAUAAACAAUAAAUCUGAUAUUAAUGUUAUGCAUAUCAACAUUUCGAAGAAAUAUUUUACCACUCAGAUCUUUGUUAAGAAUGAAGGGGGUAUUUCUAUUUUAAAAUCAAAAGAAUAUACUUAUUUAAGAUUUCAGGAAUAUGGGUUUAAAAUUGAAAAUAGUAUUAAAAUAAAGCUUAAAUGAUUACAUAAUUAAUGAAUGAAAAAAUAAUAAUCAAAUUUAUUUAAAGACCUCUGAUAAAAUCAAUGAUUUUUGAUUAAUAUAUCACUAUGUAUAUUGCUCUUUUAAUCAAAAAUGUCGGAAGUCCAAACAAAUUUAAAAACGAGUUAUAUACAUUAAACAAAUUGUAAAAUUUAGACAUUUUAGGUCAAUAUCCCAUAUGUCUGAAAUAUUAUUCUCUAAAAUAACUAUUAGCAAUAUUAGUUUUGACAAAAUGUCAUAAAUGGUCAAAAAAUGCAUUUUUACUAGGUAAAAACUCCGUAUAAUAACCAUGUUAAGCAAAAUUGCCGUAUAUAUAUUAAUGAAAAUAUGGUGAUUUUGUUUAGUAGGUAUAUAAUAAAAACAAUAAUUUAUGGAGUUUAUACUUAGUAUAAAUAUAAAUAUUUUACUUAUCGUAAUAUUUUAACCAAUAUAUUAUCAAAAUAUAAUAAAAGUUAAUAUAGAAACUUUACAAAUGAUACAAUAUCAGUAAGUCAUUUGUUAUUUAUACGAUUACCCAUGAAUUCUAUUCACAAAUCUAUUCAGUACAGUUCUAUAUACCAAUACUAAGGAUCAAUGUAAAAAGUUAAGUACUUCAGAAUUUAUUAAUUUUAUUCCAUUGCAUUUAUCGGGUAAAAUACCACAUCAAAAUUCAUAUCAUACUUUGAUAAGUAAAAUGUAAGAGGUAUUAUGAAUUUUAGAAAAAUCCAAAUUUUAAAAACCCGUUUUUCUCAAAAAUGUUGUCUAAUGACUUAAGACAUUUUGUUUAUGAUGGCAAUAUACUACUGUAAUAGAUUUAGAGUAAAUGUAUGUAGCCAAAGAAUUUCCAGCCACUUAGUUUUAUCAGUUUUGUGUACCUAAUUAAAGUAUCUGUCAUUUUGUUAAUUUAAUUAUCGUGCCCUAAGUAAUGCUUGGAAAACAAAGAAAUACAUCAUAAUUUCCCAAAACAUUAUAUAUUAAUUGUUUUAAUAAAACUAAUAACAUUUUAAAAUACACACCUAUUCUGUUUCCAUCCUAUUUAUAAUUAGUUAGUGAACUUAGUAUCCAUAAUUUGUUUUAUUUUUUUAGUUGGAUGUAUACUAUAUUCUAGAUUUGUAGACUACUUUAGUGUAAAUAAUUAAAUUGUUUAGAAAAUGCAUGGUUUAUCAACAAAAUGUUCGAUUUAUUCAUUAUAAUAUACAUUUUAUAAGUAUUAUAUUAUAUAUGGACCCAACAUUUUCUUAAUAUUUGAUAUUUGAUUGAAUGUUUUUAGGUGAUGUUAAAUACAAACCCCAUAUUACUUGCCAACCAGAAAUGAGAACAUUAGUGUUAGAUGGAAAUGAAGAAUUUUUAGUGUUGGGUAGUGAUGGUCUUUGGGAAGAUGUAACACCUGAAGACAUAUCAGAAAUCAUAUAUGAUGAAUUGCUUGAAACUGAUGGUGAGUAAAAUAAUAAAUAAUACAAUAUAGUGUAUAAGGGUGCUUUUGGGCGGUUUUUCCAGUCCCUAAACGUCAUGUUAAUAACAGUACAUAAAAGAGCCCCUAGUCAAAUGUCAAUGCUUCUACAUUGUACAUAUAAAAGACAAAUAGCCAUUUUUGACUUGUAUUCCACACAAAAUUGGAUUCGGGUAAUAAAAGGCUCAGAAUAUCAGAAGGGUCCAUCCCUAUAUUCCCUUCUACCGUGUAAAAAUCAAUAUAUGUUGUAUUUAUUUAACGCGAUCUUUUUCAUUCACUUGAAUACAGUCAGUACUAUUAUUAUAUUUCUUCAUUAAUUCGAUUUUUACGUCAAACGAAUUUUAUUAAAUAUCGCUGUUUUUUUUAACUCGUACAAAAUUUUCACUAAAUAACCUUGUUGUACAUAGGUAUAUGUCCUUGUUCGAUUAUUGCUGGGGUUGGCAUUCAAAGAGUACACAGUCCUGUGCACCAGUCAUGUCGAUCGUUUUCCUUCCACCGUAGAGACGAAUAGGAUAAUAUUGUAGGAAUUAUAUUGUUAUCCCCCUCUGUUUUUCUGCGAUUUAUUUACUACUGAUUUUUUCGCCUAAAUCUUCGUCAAUAUGACAUUGAUCAAACGUUAUCAGAGAGUGUUUUUGUUUAGUUUAUCCGUUUUAAUGUAUUUUUUUUUUUCAAAUACUUGUUCUUAAUUUAGUAAAGAUUUACCUAGUAAAUUUGAAUAUAUAGUCACUGGAUUGAUAUUAGGUUAGUAUAUUUAUUUUUAAUAGUAUAUUGGAAAUUAACCAUUUUAUUUAUAGGGUCACAUUAAAUGAUGUAGUAUUGAUAUUUUAUCUUAAUUUAAUAAUUUAAAUUUCGUAUACCGGACAUAAAGAUAAAGGCCAUUAAUUCUAUGGGUUAUUUUUCAUAUUUUGUUAUAAUUAGUUUUAAUUUAGUUGAAAUUUUAGUUUAAAUGUCGUUAAUUGUACUAGUGCAGAAUAAUAUACGAUAUGCAAAGCUUUUGUUAGAUUUCGGGUAGUUAUAACAUAAUUUUUUCACGUUUGUCAAAUUGUUAAAUAAUUAGUAUUAUACUAUAUUGUAUAGAAUAUAUAUAUAAAAUAUAAUAUAUAUAUUUAUAAAUAGCUAAUUUUAUAACACGUCCAUUUUGGAAAACUACUUAUUUGGAAAAAUCUAAAAAUAGAUUGUUUUUUCAUCAAAUAUAUUUACAAUUUUAACAUUUAGUUUAGUUUUUGAAUAUUCCAUGACACUGUAAAAAUUUUUUUUUUUUAAAAGAGAAAAAGAUCUACACAUUUGACAAUAUAAAGUAACAGUGCUUCUGAGUUGAUUUUAAUGUGGAUCAAGCUGAAAAUUGAUAAAAGUGUUUGAUUAUUUUUACGAUCGUUUACAAAUUUUUGUUCGAAAAAUAACAUACUAUUAUUACAUCUUAUUCGUAUUGACCCGUAUAAAGUAGUCUACACUUAAACGAUUUUUAGGGCAUCAUGAGAAAACUACGUAUGUUCAAGGUCUUUUCAUCAAAUCUCUAUUAUAAUUGGUCACGCAUCAUUUGUAUUGUAGUUUUUCUUUUAUACUUGUAGUAUAACCUUCUUGUUGCAUAGAAAAUUCUAACAUGCACCUUCAAACACAUUUUGGUUUCGUUCUAAUGCUUUUUUUUUUUUUGUAAUUUAUUACGAUUCAGAGGCUUAUAGUAUGUAAGAAACUAAUUUUUUAGAUAUUUUUUCGUCAGUAUAGUUGUGCAAAUAAAUAAAAUACAAAAAAAAACGUACUGCUGAUUGCUGAUGUGGAAAGUUAUGAUACAUAAAGUCAUUUAAUUUAAAUCUGUAUGUUAUAAUAUAUCAUUGCUGACGAAAAAAAUUCUGAAUAAAGUUCGGUCAAACGUGUCUCGAAAAGCCACAUUUUUACGAUUUUCAUAAAACUUGAAUCUUAAACAGGUAUAACAUAAAACCGUAUUACAUUCAAUUUUCGUUUUAUUAUUUAUAUAAUAUUAAGUACUUUUGAUGAAUCUCAUACUAAAUUUUCGACCAUUUUUAUGAUCUGAUUAAAAUUUAAACUUUAAACGUUUGUAAAAAAAAAAUAAUCGUUAUUAAAGAUUUUUUAUAUUUUUAUUGUGGAAUUUAUAAAUAUAUAUAGAAAAAUAUAAACUAAUCAAUUCCCAAAAAUAGCUCAAAAAUUUCCCGAUUUUUUUAAAAUAUUGUAUCACGUUUAGAAAAUGCUAAUAUAUAUAUUCGGUGAAGAUGUCGGAUUUCAAUGAUUAUUUUAACUGAAUUACAAUAAAAACAAAAUCGAAAAUAACAGAAACCCCGUUACCUAUUGUAUACAUUUUCUCAUUUUCAACCGAUUAUUAAGAAAACUGCAAACAAAUAUUAAAAGAUGAUCUCGUCAAUAUACCAACUAUAUAAAAUUUGCUUUUAGAAAAAAUACUUUAUUUGAUGAUCGGAGCAAUAUUUUUAUUACAAUUAUUGUUUUUUACAGAUAUAAAAACACAUAUUAAAGUAAACGAACCCAUACAAAAUCUAUAAUUAAUUUUUUUAUUGUUUUUUGUGUAUACAUUAAAAAAUCGAUAACUGGAUCUCUUAUUAAAGAGAUUAUCCGUGAAUCAUAAAUAAUGCCAGAUAUAUUUAUUUUUUCGAUAGCAUUUUUGUGGGUGUACUUUCUACUUAGGUACAUUGGGCUAUUUUGAAAUUGUUGCAGUUUUAAAAUUUAGUAGGUAAUAAUAAAUUGUAGUUGUUUAUGAAGUCAAUAUUAUUAUAGUAUUCUAAUUGACAGGAUGUCCUCCAAACGUGAUUGAUACUAUCUGUGUUUUUUUACCACCACUGGCAAACACAGGAAGUGCGCAUUGUGACUAUCCAUCAAGCCGUAAAUUAUUGUAGGCGCCGAAGGAGUUAUAAGUUAUACUCAACUUAUAACAACUUGUGGUUUAUAGUGUACUUUGUUUCUGUAAGCAAAUAUGAGACUGAUAUUUAAUAAAUAUAAAAUAGACCUAUACGUGUUGUAUUAAAUGCGUACAUUUUUGUAAUGCCCCUUAAUAUUAAAUUUAAAUAAUCUGGAUUAUACAUUGCACGUAGUAUCUACACAGUCCGACUAUACCUAUCACGAUUGUGGUGUGUGGGAGCUUUUUUAAAAAUCCAUCAUGGAAAAAAACGCCGUACGACAACGAUCUCGAUUUUUAUUUGUACUAUCGGCUAAAAACCUAUAGCCUGGUAACUUAUUUUAAAUCCCGGAUAAAAAUACACUAUAUUUCUAUAUACUACAUGUAUUGUGUAUAUUAUUAUAUUUUCCACUAUCAAUAGAUAGUUGGCUUAUAGGUAUUCCCGUUAUGAUGUACGGAUAUUAUCAUAAAAAUAAAGAGUUUAACCAUUUAUGCUUAUUAAAACAUUGAGUGGUGUAAACAAUCAUGUAUUUGUUUUGUGUGUUCCAAGAGAUCACUUCAUUAUAGUAACAUGAUGUUAUAAAACCGUGUAUACAUUAAUUAUUAUCAAUAAUACAGAGAAGUUCUCCAGAAAUUGCACGCGUUAAAAAAAAAGGCAAUUAAAAAUUUAAUUUAAACAUACUUAUAAGUACACUAAUUCCGAUGUAUAGUGUAAAGAAUGUAGAUUAUCAUUUAUUAUACAAAGCUGCAGUGAAUAGUGAACUAUUAGUUGAAUGUAUUUCAGUUUAUUAAAAAAAAAAAUGAAAAGUAUUUACUAUUUUCUGUGAAAGUUAGAAAGCAAACUGUAUGAAACAAUAUACCUAUUAAUUUCACGUAAAUUCUCAAAAAAGGUAUUCAAAUGUUCUUUAGUUGCCUAAUUUAAAGAUAAUAAGGACUUUAUUGGUUUUACUAUGAUGUGUGAUUUUUGUGUUUGUGUCUGUAAAUAACUUUUCUACCAAAAAUCUUGUUCCAAUUAAACAAUAACAAGAGAGCUCUUUUGUUACCUUUUAGAUCUAGUUGGUGAAUUAAAUAGGUCAUAUUUUGAUUAUACUUACACUUUUUAGGAAAAAUAGAAAUUUUUACAACGGUUUCAACAUUUUUGAUUUUUUUUUUUUAGUUAUUUAUAAACAGUUUAGAAUUUUUUUAGUUUUUAUUUGAUUAUGUGAAUACAAUUGUUUGGCAGAAAUGUUUGAUUAUUAAAAAUUGAUUUUGAUAGUAAACAAUUCGAGCUUAUUGUAGUAAUUUUUUUUGUUUGCAUUUUAAGAUCAAAUGUUGACGAAAAUCGUAAAAAUUAAGGCAUUUCAAUACAUAUUUAUAUAUCUAAACUUCGCCCAGAAUCGUAUUUCGUUGGUAAUAGUUCAUUGUUGCUUACAGUUAUAAAUUAAUUAAUUUAAUGUAUCCUAACUUUCCACCUACAAGUACCAACAGUGGCAUACCACACACCUAUCAGUAGUAUCGGUUUUUUUUUUAUAUUGUGCUAGAAUAUCUUACAACAUUUACUAUUUUGAGUUACCUAUUUAUUUAUUAUGAGUAUUAUUUUUUAAAAAUUUAAUAAAAAAUAUGAUUUUCAAAGUAAAAGAAAAAUUAUUAUUAGUAUCUAAAAUUAGGUAGUCAUAUUAAAAUGUUAAGAGAAUUAAAUAAUUGUGUACUUAAGGUGUCAACAAAUUGAAUUCACUUCUGAAAUGUAUCUUUUCGUUUUGUACGGUCGUUUCGUUGUACGAACAUAUCAUUACUCAUUAGAGUCUGAGGUGUUUACUGUUUCAUGUCCAAGUUCAGAAAUAGACACGGGACAGCUACACCAACACUAAAAUAUUAUAUGUACUAAACCAUUAGAUUGAGAUAUUUUAAAAAAUAUUAUGACGUAUUUCUCAGCAUGCAUGUGCAUAAUGUUGCAAUACUUUCAAAUAAAUAUAUAUGUAUUUAUAUAUAAACACGCAAUAACAAUGCAUUUUAAAGUUUAUUUGGUAUGCAUAGGUAUUGUGAUAGUCGUAUUAAAAUUAGUAGUUCUAUUCAAUUUCACAUUCAUUAUUUUAUAUUAAAUGUUGAUAUUAGUUUUAAGCUAUUAUGGUUCUUUGAAAAUUAGAAUUAUUACGGUUUUUAAUGAUUACAAUUUUUUUUUUUUACUUAGACUGUUUAAAGUUGCAGCAAAAAUAAAAAAAUAAUAGUUUUAAACAAUUUUAGUUUGACAAUAUUUUAGGAAAAAAUUAGUGUACUGCUCUCGAAAAUAUCUCUGCUUUAAAUUUUGUUUACUUUGUGUAACUUUAAACUGUAAUUUGAACCUGAACGCCUCAAUUAAUUACUUUUUAAGUAUAACGUAAUUUUGCCAUAUAGGUUUUGUCGCCCUUUAGUUAGACUGCAGUGGCAGUAUAGAUGCGUCCUCUUAAAUUUGUAUGUAUAAUUUAUCAUUAUACGUUGUUUUUUUUUUUGUAGAAGGAGGGAGGUUUAUAUAGUUUUUACUUAAAUUAUUUUAACGAUUGAAUAUUUCAAAUUAAAAGUGUAGGUUUUUAUAAUUUUAUGGUUGCCACUGCUUCUGGAGACAUAAAAAAGUCAGAGUAAACUUGAAAAUUUAAAAAAAUAUAAUUAUAAUAAGAUGAUGUCAUUAUUAUCUAUGAAAACAAUUUUUUUUUACAGUUAUAAAUUAUUAUUCAAUUUUGAUAAUUUAUAAAAAUGUUUACACAUAUUAUUUAUUUACUCUGAUAAGCUCAUUCUAGAGAAAACAUGGAAUUUGUAAGGGGGAAAAUUCAACAUGGAAUUUCGUGUUAAUCUUGCGUUAGUAAAUUUGGUUUUUGUUGUCUAAUAUUGACAUUGUGUAAUCGCAUAUCGCAAUAUAUUAUGGCGGUACCAUUUUAAAUUUAAAUUAUUAUAUAAAGGGAUUUGGUGUGCAUAGGCGCAUAUAGGGAGGGCUUAGCCAAAACUAUUUUAUUUGUUAUGACGUAAAAGCAUUAUAAAAGUAUCCAGUUUAGACCUGGGCUUCAGUCCCUCCGUUAAAUUUCAAACAUUAUUUACGUUUAUGUUGGCGUAUUUUCUAUUCACACUAUAAUUGGGACGCUCUACCAAUGACACGUUUAAACAAUAGCCGAACGGUGAACGUGAGUAGCUAUAUAAUAUUAUAAGAGUAGAUAUAUUAUGUAGUUGAUUUCGCUUUUGGUUCUUUUAUACAAACACUCUCACACAGGGUGUCUAGAAAGUAUACGCCUAAACAUUGUAUUUGCAAUAAGAUUUACACGACGAUAAAAAUGAUAACGUACGAUAAUUACAUUUUUUAAUCGCGGUAAAACCAAAUUUAGUUUACAUACAUACAAUUAACAGUUGUUAAUUGAAGUAUAUUUGUAUUACCGUAAUCUUUAAUCAUUGCGUGUUAUCGUACAAUACGAUACAUAUGUGUUUACAUAUUUAAGGUUUCCAUAUUAUACUUUCUAUAGAUACCUACGCUAUAUACGAGUAAAUAACAUUAUAGUGUAUAAUAUACAUCAUGAUUAUAUUGCGUUUGUAUUUGAAUGUAGAGGUCCUUUUUUAUAUUUCGUCUGGCGACAGCCCAUUAUUUUACACUACCAGACGCCGCAUUCCGUAGAUUAACCCGGAUAUCACGUACUUAUUAGCUAUAUAAGACUGCAUUAUUAUUAAUUAUAUUGUUUAUUUCGGUAGCCGAUGACCUCACCGUCACUUAUUCGUUUAAGCACGUUUUAUGAUACAAAUUUUACCGUUGCUUUUUCGGAUAUUGUAAUUAUUUAGACUUUUGGCGAAGGUACUUUUUGUGUACUUAAUGUACAACAUGCAGUUUAUAAUUAUUUAUGUUUAUAAAAUCAAUAUUAUAGUUGUUUAUUUAUAUUAUAAAUAUAUUAUAUUCUAUACUAUUCUUCAAAUCUUAACUGAAAUUUCAUCAUAAAACAAUGUAAUGGAUAAUAUAUUAUAAUUUUUACCAAAGUUCUACGCAAUACGUAAUAAAAAUUUAAAUUAAUCAUACAAAGAAAAAACAUAAAGUGUCAACUUGCAGUACCUAUACGUUUUUUUUUUUUUUAUGAAAUAGGUAAUUUGCGUUCUAAACAAUUUUUAACACAAAAAUAUAUUCUAUCUACGCUCAGAAUCUAAAAAAAAGUAUCUAUUACAUAUCAGUUGAUGAUCUAUAAGUAUAAAUUUGAACAUUUCUCGUUUUGGUAUAUUAUACAAACAAAAGUAUAACCGGUGACUGGUAUGAAAAUAAAUAAUGCUUAAGUACCUAUAUUUGUUUUGCGUGAUAAUGACAAAUAUUUUUUCUUUAAUAAUCUAACAAAAAAAAAAAAAAAACAUACUUUUAAAAAAUUUAAACAUUAGGAAAAAAUAAUAAUUAGUUACCUAUUUAUAUAAUAUUAUUGUCACGAAAAUAAUCUAUUCUGACGGAAAAUUUUUACCAUAUUUUUAUUUUUGCCCAGUCCAAAAAUCAAUUCCAUCACUAUUCGCUUCAGAAGAAAUAAUUUGUUGAGAUUUCAUAUUUUAUGCCUUUAUAUUUUUGCCAUUGUCGGUUAUUGUGGUUUCAACCAAUUGCAACGAUUUACAUAAAUAAAUAGGAAUCCAGUCUAUCUUUGGUUCACUGACUUUUCUUCCUUGCUGAUUCAUCGCUCUCUCUCUCUCUCUCUCUCUCUCUCUUGAUGUCUCUCUCACCAUCUUGUCUUUUGUUUAAACAUUUUCUACUUAUAUUAUGCAAUAAACGAUUAUUAUUAGGUAUUGUGCCAUUGUUAUAACACCACGUCUUAUAAUAUUCUCUCAUAAUAAUAAUUUUGACACCAUACAGAUUUGUUGUAAUAAUACCGUUUAUAAUAUUAGGUAUACUUAUAUAUACACACACCCACGCCGCACCGGUGUAUUCUGUAUUCACACAAAGUUACACUAACCAUAUGUUUUUUUUAUAAUAUUUAUUUUUAGGAUUAUUUACCGGUUGUAUAAUAGGUAUGUCAUUGCAAAAAAAAAAAACCGAUAAGAUCUAUAAUACGCGUUCGUAUACGGUAAAAAAAAAAUUAUCCUACGAGUACUAUUAUACUGUUCGCACACGAUAUAUAAACAAACACCUUCAUGAUCCAUGGUAAUAGUAUUCAUGACUCAUGCACAUACGACACCCUCUUUCACUUUAACUAUGACGUCAUUUUUUGUUCGUUCGUAUUAUGGCCCCUGGGUAAUUUGCUACGUUACCGAAUGCUCCCAUUGUACGAAUAGAUCGUUUGAUCAAUGAAAAACGGUUUGAUGUUAUAGAAAAAAAAAUAAAUAAAUAAAAACAGUAUCGAACUAUGUGUAUUAUAUGUGUAAUAUAGGGUUAUUUACUUGAAUAUUUUAAUUCUUACACAACAAACACGAAAAUCGCGUAUAUAUAUAUUAUACAUUUUAGUAUUUCUAUUUGGGGAGAAAUCGAAUCCGUCGGAUGUUGAAUUUAAUACAAACAAAUAAUUCCGAAAAAUUGGAAUUUUUUUUUUUUGAAUCGAUUUCAAUACAAAUACACGGACCAUUUAUGCUCAGUAAUUUUGUGUUCCGAGUAAAUAAUAGUAUACAUUUUUGUUUGUUUGUUAAUUUACGUUAUAUUUAUGGCACUUAAUCAAAUAUCUCAUCUCGACGACGACGACGACGAAGUAAUCUUUAUGGCUGUUUUUUUUCUUCGUUUUCUACGCGUAUAGUACACUCUAUACAGAAUGCCAUUUCUCUCUCAACCACUGGGUCUAUAUUUACGUCGUCACUUUUAUACCAUAUGUUGUAAUGUGGCCACGGUAGUGGUGUCUAUACAACACAGCGUUCUUCCAACACGCAUGUGUACUCUCAUGUAGUCAAAAUGAACCGGCAGAGAGAGACUCCAGUUCGAUUGUUCUAUUUUAGUUCUGUCUCAUGUCUACCCCACGACAUUCGAAAUUUUCGAGAUGCGUUAUUUAUAUAUCACAGAUUUCAAUUAAAUUCUGCGGAGAUAAUAUUAACUAUACAAAUAAAGGUUAUUCGUAAAUUAUCAUCUGAUGGUUUGGUUUACGGUUUUAUGCGAAAUGGCCUUUAUUUCAAGAUGAUGUGAGCGUGAGCGUUUUUGAACAUAAAACUUUGCGUGAAAAAAUGAUUUUAUUUCUUAAAGAAUUGAAGAUAACACAACUUUGUCUUCGGAAUAGACUUAAGUUAAAUAUCAAUUACUAAAACAAAGUUACGGGUAUUUUUUUUUAAUAGGUAUUAAGAAAGUUAAGGCUGCUUUUUAAUGUCGAAUACCCAACGUCUAUGUCAUUCAAGUAUAUAGAAUAUCAUUAUGCCAUUGAACCUUUGAUAAUGUAGCAGUCAUUAAUUUUCAUAAUGAGGUAAAAAGCCUAAAAUCACUCUGAAUGGUUCUAUAAUGUCUGUUUUACGUGCACACGCUUCUGAACAAAUGUCAUGAUAACUCGACAUAAACUUGUGUUAAGGAUCCGGGAACGGUUUAAAAUGGUUCUGAAAUGAAAUUUGAAUAUUGUCGAUCAAUUUUGAUUUUUUUUUUUCAAAAUUAAAAAUUUCCUGUAUGAAACUUCUUAAUUAUUGGUAGUGUGACCUCUUCUUAGAUCAGUUUUAGACAGAACGGUCUUAAUUAUAGAGAAAUUAUUACUAUUAUUGUACACGUUUUAAGGUUAUACUAAUAACACUUAAUUACAAUAAUUAUUAAAAUGUGUCCGAUCUUACUUUACGUAUACAUUUAAUUUAAAAUGCAUAAAAUAAUUUUUAUAUUAUACUAUUUAUGAGUUUUACAAUCUUAUUUACAUUCUUAGUUGUUAAUUUACAUAAACAUUAAUAUAAAUAAUGACUAUGUACUACAACAUUGUAUCAGCUAUUAAUUAAAAAUUGAAAACGAUCGACAUUUAGAAACAAUAUUAAUGCAUUUAGUAGGAAUUAAUUGCAAUUAAUAUAAAUUUGUUAUACCGAAUAAUUAUUUAAUAUUUUUGGUUUAGUUAAAAUAUUGUAUUUUUAUUUUUUUUGACAAUAAUAUUAAAAAAAAAAUUGUUUAAAAUUCUUUACUUUAAAAAAGUAUUAAAAGGUGCCUAAUUAAUACAAUAUUACGAUAUAAUUAGGGAAAGUAGUUUAAUUACAAAUUCUGUACUUAACACAACUAUUUUUAAUUAAAAAUACGGUAUAUUUAAUAAUUUAAUUUGUCUGUAUUACCAAUAUACAGGGUAUCCCACGAAAAUAUACCCAUUGUAAUAUCUUCAGAGAUAAUAAAGAUAAUCAAAUUCUAUUGUUUUUUUUUUUUUUUUUUUUUUUUUUUUUAUAUAUAUAUAUUACUCAAAGGGAUAAGGACUCCGCAUAUUUAUAUUACAAUUAAUUUAUAUGGUUUAAUAAAAAUAAACUUAAAAUAAAUAACUUUUUAUUUUAUUAUUUUUGAAAAAUUUGAAAAUCGCCAUUUUACAGAGUUUAUUUUCCUUAACAUUUUGACGUUUUAUCAAAGCAUAAACAAUUAUUUUGGAUAUAAAUAUUUAUGUACACUUUUCACUGUGAGUAAUAUAAAAAUAGAAUUUGAUUAUCUUUCUAUCUCCAGAGAUCUUACAAUAUUGUAUUUCUUCGUGAGAUACCCUGUAUAUAAGAAUUACAUAGAUAUACUAAUAAUAAUUAAAACGUCUCAUUUCCUGAACGAGUUUUUUUUUUUUUUUUUUUUUAAUUUACAUUCAACGCUAUUUGUAUUAAAUAUUUAUUUUGAUGUAGGUAUCAAAAUUAUAUUCUCAAGUGACGUUUUAUGUAAAUGCAAAAUAUCGUAAGAGUAUUAUUUACCUAUUUAAUUGUAAAAAAAUAUUGCAAUAAUUUGAAUAAUAGUAGGUAAUCGUUGUAUUAAUAAUUAUUGUUACUAUUAUUUAUACUAUUGAUACGUUUUUUUUUUUUUUUUUAAUUUAAAUGUUAAAUUGUUUACUCCAUUUUUUAUAAUUUUCAAAAGUUUUAUCGCGGUUUUGUUUUCUAUAUGUACGGUGUGCGAGAAAGCGUAUUAAUAUUUUUCUAGUGUAGAAUAAUAAUAAUGAAUGUGUUAUUUUUCGCUGUCGCAAUACUGUGUAAAUUUAUAGAUACGUAAAUUAAACAUAGCCGGUCUACGUACCUACAUUUUUAGAAAAGUCUUUUUUCGAAUUUUCAAGUUGAAUGCCCUGAAAACGUGAAAGCCGUGAACUAUACUUUAUACGUACAUAUUAUUAGGAAUCGUUAUUGUUAGAAUCUGACGAUUUUAGUGUUGAACUCGUAAUUAAUAUAAUAUAUUAUUUGGCCCAGCGGUAGUGCCCUUUUCAUUCUCCCCCAUCAUCAUCACAGAAUAUUUUUAUCCGAACCCUCAUUGCUUUUUUAUUUAUUUUUUUAAUCUAAACGAUAUACGAGCGUGUAAUAAUUAAAUCACUUUUAGAUUUCAAUCAAAUAUAUAUAUAUAGGUAGUGAUGAAACUAUUGGUUUUACAACGAUGCGUCAUUGGUGUUUAUAUUUGUUUUUUAUAAUGUUUAUUUUUAAGAUAAUAGGUGUGUUUUUCGUUGUCUUAAUAGUUUUUCUAAGCCUAUACAAAAAAAAAAAAAAAAAAAAAAAAAAAAAAAACAGGUUGUAGGUGAAAAAUUAAAAAGGUAGAAUAUGCAAAUUUAUUUAAUUUUUAUCUGUACGCAACUAUAAUUCAUUGCUGGGGAAAUACGAUUCUGAGUGAAGUUCGGUUAAAUAUGUUAAAUAUGUUUCUUAAAAAAUUUACUAAAUAAUUACAAUAUCAAUAAAUAUAAUUAUCGAAAAGUAAUAUGCGAAAUGGCUUGAUUGUAUACGAUAUCCAUUCAAAUUUAAAUUUUAAACGAGUAUAUAAAAAAAUUCUACAUUACACUCACUUUUAUUUUGAAUACUAAGUACAAUACUCAUGAUAAACCUCAUGUACAAUUUUUAAAACUAUUGAAUACAAAUAAAAAUUAAUAAAAUGUCAAAUGCCUAUAAAUAGCUAAAAAAGCGCUAAUAUUUUUUAAAAAUUUGACCACGUCUAGCAAAGGAUAAUAUAAAUAUAGCUAUCUAUAUUUAUUUUUAACCGAAUUACUAUUAUAAAAAUAAAAAAAUAAAAUCAAAAAUGACCUUCUUAUGCAGUAAACUUGAUUCAAAAUGCUACAAAAAAGAUCUCCUGUUAAUUUUUAAUUGGAGCAAAAAUUUUGAUACAAAGUAUUUACAGACAAAAAAAAAAACAAAAUAAAGCAUAUGUCAUUAUAGUAAAACCAAUUUAAUCCCCGCACAGUUCAAAGUAUAAAACAAUGACAAGUGACAAUUAUAGGAAUUUAUAUUUUGAACAAAUCGAUUUUCCUUAUUUUGCGUUGUAUAAAAUAUAAAUUUUUGACUAAAGUUUUGAAAAUAAUUAUUAUUUAUUAUACGAUUAUUUUAAUAUAUUGAAUUAAUUCGUAUAUUUUCAAAAAAACAAAUAUUUAAGCCGAUCGAUUUUUUGUACGUAUACGCUCGUAUUAAUAUCUUCAAUAUUAAUAAGGAAAACUACUAAUAAAAAACUAAUAUUUUUGUAUACCAAUUUCAUAAUUAAAAUUUGAAUAAUGUAUAUAAAUAUUAAAAUGUUCCUCACGGUUCGUUAUAAUAAUUUUCGAUUCAACUAAAAAUAAUUACGUUUUAACAUUAUAAUAAAAUGCAGGUUGACAAAAAAAAAAAGGUAGGUGAAUAAUGCAUUUUUUUUUUUUUAAUGCCCUUGACUUGUAUUUGGACCGUCUGAGUAUCGAAUAAUAAUAUAUAUUAUAUAUUUAUUUUUUUUGCAUUUUACAUACCGUUAUUUUUAAGGCCAAUAUUCUGCACUGGUUGCAGUGUAGUCGUGGUUGACGUAACGGAUUCCCUUGCAAUUUUUUUUUUUUACCUCGUCUCCGGAGUCGCGUAAAAGUUUUGUUCGUUUAUUUUCUAUUUGACCUAGGUAUGUACACAUUGCAAAAAUCCGUGCAUGCACACGUAUAACGUAUAAUGGAAACAAUCAAAUUAUAAUAAUUAUAAUUUUAUUAUAUUGUUUAUCGUAAUAACAAUUGACGUGGUCUUGGUAUUUACCAACCAGACCGUGUCAAAAGAGUACGACGACGACCAAGAGGCCGAUUUUAUUCGUUUCUACGCGUCAAACUGCAUCUGCAGCUCCACUGAUGAAUAAUAUUAUAUCUACACUAUCACCGGACAGCCGGCUAUAUUGUUAUAAGAUGCAGUCACUACUGCAGUUUUCUGUUUUAUACCGUAUAAUAUGAAAUCUAACACCGACCCGGAUACGAUAUUAUAAUACACCUAAUAUAUAAUAUAUACAGGGAAACCUUAUGGAACAGCGGUGGCGGUAGGUAUCUGUAUGCGGUUAGGUUUGGUGUUUUAAAGCCGGGGGAGUAACCUUAUUGUGUUGUGUUAUCAAAUCACCCUUGUAAUAACAGAAACCCGAGUUUUUUGUUUUUUUUUUAAAGGGGGCUUAAUGUAAACAAAAACCGACAGACGCUACUGUAUUAUUAUACGUGAAUAUGUUAAACCUAUUAUAUGGUACUAGUAACAGUAAUUCCUUAUAAAUUAUAUUUUAGCGAUUUUAUUUUAAUGUAACGCUACACAAUGCAUAUGCACAUAUAUUGUGUCUUCGUCUUACAAACGCGCGGCAUAGCAUAUUCGCAUUUAGUAUGACGAACGUUUAAUUGUGUGCCGUUAGUUUUAAUACUAGAGUUAGUUAACCUAAUAUCAAACUUAAAAUGAAGAACAAUAUUUGUGCUUGUUUGUGAGUUUUUUCGUUGUUUUCAUUUUCAAGCGAAAUUUGAGUGUGUGAAAUAUAAUCUAAAAAUGCUUAUAAUAUAUCGCUUAAAAAAUAACACCCCAUAAAAACCAACGUACAAUCCCAGACAGUGACCUAAUCUUUAAGUAAUAUUAAAACUAAAAACAUAAAUUUGGUUCUGUUGAAUGCAAAUUUGCUAUUUUGUGCGUCUAUAAGACAGAUACGACAAAUAUAUAAUAUGUGUAGCGUUUUAUUGAAGUUUAUAUUAUUUAUUUAUUUAUUUAUUUAACACCCCAAAGGGGUAAUGAGUACAGGAUAAUACUAUGUGGAUAUAUAAUACAUAAAUACUUAAAACUACUUAAAACUAUUUAAAACUAUUGAAAUACAAUAUUUCUUAACUUAAUAAGCGAAUCAAAACCAAAAUCAAAGUUUAAUAUACUAUUACCAUUUAUUUUUUAUUCAUAUAUUAAUAUAAAUUAUUUUGUAAUCAUAUUCUAUUUGCAUAAUUUCUAUUGAAUAUUUUGACUUUAAAAUUGUUUAUCCGAAUCAACAUAACCUAUUAUAAUAGCAAACUAUAGGUACCUAUUUACUAUUGAACGAGUGUUAUUGGUCUUAAUAAUUAGUUUAUAUUGUAUCGACUUCAUUGUCUGCAGCAUCUCAUCCUUUCUUCCGAUAUUUUUUCGAUUGCUUUUUUAACACAACAAUAUAUAAUAAUUUCCGAAGGAGUGUCUGUAUUGACUCACCUAAUACAACUAUUUUAAUUACUACUAUAAAUCCUUUAAAAUUAUCGUUUUUCGUAGGCACUUUUUUUUUUUUAAUGUAAUAGAUAAAAUCGGUAGAUUGGAAAAUUUGGAUCAAAAUCUAUUUGGAAUACUUUACUGUAGCAAGUUUCGACAAUUUGUAUUUUUAUUAAUAUUAUAUUAUAUUCUUUAAAUAAUAUAAUAAUACAUUUUUUGUUUAAAUAAUAUAGUUAUCGAACGAUUUUGGUAUUAAAAAGUUACGAAUUUAUUUUUAUAUUGAUUCUAAAAAAAAAAAAAAUGUUUUACAACUAGUUUUGCACUAAUUUUUUGUAAAACCAUAAAUAAAGCUCCUAUAGCUUUAUUCGGAAUUCCAAAUAUUAUCAUAAAAAUCAAUAUAAACUUAAUUAAUUAAUAUUUCGAACGAAAAAUCUAUACAAUUUACUCAGAAAGUCUUGAUUUAUUAUUGGAACUUAUAUAAUCUAAUAAUAUAUAUACACAGUAGAAAUCGUUCAUAAUGACAUUCAAGGGAUUAGUUAAAAUUAGUCAUAACAACCGAUUGUCAUUAUAACCAAAAUGAUAAAAUAAAAUUUAAAAACUUGAUUAUGUGUAUGUAUACGUAUUUAUAUGAACAUAAUACCUAUUGUAUUACAAUGAAUGUGACAAAUUCAAUCACUAAAUCGUAACUUCAAUAUAUACAGAAAAAAAUAAAAGUUGUUUUAUUAUUUUAAAAUUAAUUUUACUUUGUAUUAAAAAAACACAUAUUUUUCCAAUAUAACCAAAAAUAAUCGUCAUAUCAUUCGUAUAGUAAUUAAUAAUUAUACAGACGUCAUAAUAAUCGAUACAAAUUAUUACAUGCAAUAUAGGAGUUUUACCGGGACCGUCAAUCUAAGGCCAUCCGAUAUGUCAUUAUAACCAAUAUUUAUUAUAAUAUAUACCGGUAUUAUUAUAAGCGGUAUCUAUUGGUUAUAUUAUACACAAACUAUUUAAAACAACGGUCAUAUUAUAGGAAAUUACCUUAUUUGUAUAAUGGAUGUUUUAGUUUAAAAAGCGUUUUCAAAUUACUUAUGAUUGAUCUGCGUGUAUUUUAUUAUUUGUCACGCAAUAUCGUAUGAGAGCAAAGAUAACAUUAUUUUCGAACCUACCGUUUUUAUAAAUUUAUACCCAUAACCGCCCAACUCGAUGGUAUAUAUUACUAUUGUUUCAUUCUACAUAUAAUCAUAAAAACAAAAUUACAUUUCGCUCAGUACAUCCUGUUUCCAAACUUCUUUUGUAUUGUAUAUAAUAUAUAUAUAUGUAUGUAUUUUAACUGGAACAUCUUAUUGAGCAUCAAUUUAGCAUUAUACAAUGAUAGAUGAUAAUAAUGAUGAUGAUGAUGAUGAUGAUGAUUAUGAUGAUGAUGAUAAAGAUACCCAUUUCGUUUUAAUAUUUUGUAUGGCAUAAUAAUUUAUACAAUAUAUUAUUACUAUCUGUGAAGAUAAUAAUGUUCAUGAAAAGAAAAUGUUCUCUGCUACAAUGAUAUAUAUGUAUAAGUUACAGUUAAAUAAUAGUACACAAAUUGUGUAGGUAUCAUCUUUAAACGACUUUUCUAGUCAUCAUUGAAAUCUAUUAAGUAUAUAAGAUUUAUAGGACCGAGACGUUGAUUUCAUCGGGGUCAAAGAAUGCGUGAAAUGAGAACUGUAAUAUGUAAGUACCUAUUUUAAAAACUUACUUUUGUGUUUACGAUAUUAAUUGUUGAUAUACUUCGGAUAGAUCCAAAUUUUGUAAUUUCCCAAAUCCAUGCUUAGCCAAGAUGAAAAUAUUACAACCGCGAACAAUAUACGAGUCAACCACAUAUUAUUGCGACUAUUAUAUAUAGAAAAAGUGAAUUACUAUUUCGAAAUCAAUGUCUAUAUAAUACAUGUUGGUACAUAUUAAUAUUAUUAUGAUAAACGAAAUUUUCGACUGCACAGUGCACCCUUUACAUAAUAUCCUCGACGGCGUUUCAUAAUUUUAUCAACAUACAUUAGCAAAUAGUACUAUAGCGCUUUUCUAUAUUAAUGUACAGUUUUAACUUUUAAUGAAAUUAUUUGUUUCUAUAACAAAUAUUUCAUUUUCUGUAGCGUCAUGUACUUUGUUAUAUUUAAUUGGAAAAAUAGAGGAUACAACAUUCAAUUUAUUUGAUAUUAUGACGUAUGUUUUCACAGGCUAUUCAUUUUUUUCAAUAUUUAAUAUAAUACUAUAUUAUCUGUGCAUAGAAAUAUUACAUUAUAAAUUGGGUAAAAUUAAAUACCUUUUAAUACAAGGUUGUGGUUUAUAUUAGUCCAUAAUUCUUCAAUUUAAUUUUAUAUGAUUUUUGUAUGGUGUAUACUGUAUAUAUUAUAUUUUGUUAACUUUAAUGUAAUUUAUUUUGGAUAACAAAAGGAUAUCUUAAUUUGUGGCGUCUUCUCCCUAUCUUAUAUAAUGAGAAAAAUCAACAAUUUAUUGUAAUUUUCAAAUUGUUAUUGUUACUAUAAACUCAUUAUUCUAUAUGGUCCUAAAGUCUUGCACCUCCAACCAUUUAUGAUUUAUGACCAGUGACGUGCUCAACACAUAAAAGAUGAUAUUGGGAGGAAGGAUCUGAAUAUAACUAGUUAGGUUCACAAUAAUUAAACAUAUUUUCAGGUAAAAAUGAUUACAAUAAUAUUAAAAUAAUUAGUACCUAACAACUCCUUCAAAAAAUACAAUAUAAUAUGUCAUAAUAAAAUAAAUAUUAGAUAAGAGCUGAUUUUGUGUUGAACAUUGUAGCCAAAUAUCACUAAAAAAUACACCAAUUACAUAAAAUGUAUGAAGCAUAAAUAAGUUAGGCACUAAAAAAAAAAAAAAAGGUCAAGGGGGAUAUUAAACCCUCAUUCCCUUUGUGAGCACGCUCCUACCCACGAAAUACAUUAUACCAAUUUUAUUUGGAGCAGUCUUAAAAAAAAAUGUAUAAAAAUAAUAAAAUUACUUUUUUUUUUGCAUAUUUUAAAUGUAUGUUUUAAAAAUAUUAAUAUAAUUAAACAAAGUACUCCGACUUUAUUUUAAAAGUUCAGUUUUAAACAUCUCAACCAUAUACGUUUAAAAUACCAUAACGAGUCAAAUUUUAUAAACAUUGCCUUAAAAUACGUCAUACUCGUAUAAUAUACAUUUUUUAUGAUCGAUAUAUCGUUUCGUUCGUAUGGCACUUAUUUGCGCGAGACGGUGUGAAUAUCAUCUAUUUUGGUCACAUGACAUACCACCAGUAGCAAUUUCGCCUUUUUUUUAAUUGGAUCUCACACAAAGUGCUAUACGUUAAAAAUCGUGUCUGUAAGAAUAUAUAUAUAUAUAUAUAUAUACAUAUAGUUUAUUUGUUUAAAGUGUUUACUUGCCCAAUAACCAUUAUAUAGUAUCCCCCGAAACUAUCAGUGUCCAUGAUUUAUUAUAUACGGACAGUUUUAUAAAUGUAUUGAUCCCCACGAUUUUAUGGGCUCUGGUCACGUGUCUAUCGUAUUAUUACGAGUAAGUUUCCCUCUAGUCUACAACUUUUCGUUUAUAUCAUGAAUAAUAUAUGUAUAUAUAUUAUCUAAUUCAAUUAAAAUAAAAACAUCUUGAUUCGAUUAUAUGUCACGUGUGGAGAAUGCAAAAAUCCAUGAUUAAAAAAAUACGACACGAAAAUCCAAGAGGUAAAAGGCCACUAUCAGUAUGCCAAAGCUUUAUCCGGAAGAUAUUUUACAGAACUUUACGAAUAUUAUAGAAGAGAAACAAGGAAAUGUGGACUAAAAUAAGGAGGUAGCAGUGAACAGAGAAAACUGGAAAAGCUUUGUUCGGCAGAGUGUGCAAGCCGUAUAAAGGAGAAAUUAAGUUCGAUUAUUUCAUUAGGAAAAGGGCGUGGUUAUUAAACGUUGUUUCGUAUAAUUUAAUUCUCUUAAUAUAUAGGUAGCUACGUAAAAAAAAUUCUUAGUUUUAAUUUGAAUAAUAGCAUUGUAUUUUUCUAUUUUAAUGUUUUUGGACUUACAUGGAAACGGUUGGGUUUGUCUGUUUGUCACCAUUUUAUGCAUUUUCGGCACGAAAUAAAAACAUAUUUUACUAUGCGUUGUCGCGUGUUUAAAAUAAUACAAUUUGUCUAAAAAUAAUUAAACAUUAUCUAUUCCUAUAUAUAUAUAUAUAAUAUUCUUAUUAUUAAAAAUGCGAUCCAAAAAAAAAAAAAGGUGGCUUUUCCGUGUUAGUAAGUAAAACUGAGUACAUCUAAAUUGAAUAUAAUAUUAUUGCACUAUAUUAAAAUAUUAUGCGUCCUCGGAUUUAUAAUUUAUGUACGAAAUAUAAUGUUUUCUUAGUUCAGAAUAUUAUUAAUAUACGGACGCGAUUAUAUUGACAUAGUGACCGCCCUUUUUUUCAUAAGGUAGGUAAAUAAUAUAUUUUUUCAUUAUUAUCGGUUUUCUAUUGUAAAUCUCAUACGUGCGUGUGGCACUUUGAAUACUGAACGUUUAUAUAAAAAAUAAUAUUGAGUAAAAACAUACAUCACUAUACAGACGUAUGUUCGGUUUCUUGCGCAUUAUAUAUUAUGUGGUUUUUUUUCUUUUUUCAAUGAUCUGUCAAGUAUUGUAUAAAAUGUAGGUAGGUAAAGUAUAGAUAUAGGUAGGUAGGUAUUCAAAAAAUAAAAAUAAACAUAGUAAUACUUACCUAUAUAGUAAAUACACAUGAUAUAUUUUCCGAUUCUCAUGAAUAUUUAUGACAACCCUUAGUAUAUAAUUUAUAUAUAUACUUACAUGUCAUAAUUUAUUUGAUCAUUACUAUAUAUGCAUAUAAAUUAUGACCGGAUGCUAUGCGUACACUUUUGGCAAGUUUGAAAAGUUUUCAAAAAGUUCUUCGCCCUCCCUCCCAAAGUAACGAACUGAAAAAAUACUAUAAAUUUAUUCGCAUAUCUAACUUUGAACAUGAUUGUAAUUUAUUAUAAUAUUUUAUUUCCAUCUAUAAUCUUCCGAGCUUAAAAUAAAUAAUUUUUUACUUUAUCAGUUUUUACAGUCGUUUUGUGCAGACCCUCGCUCAUUUUUGUGUGCCACAUUAUACAAAUAUUUUAUUUUUUACAGAUUUUACAAUAAUAAUAAUAGUAGUAAAAAGAAAAAUGUCAUAAUCAUUAUAAUAGAAUAUUAUAAUCUCCUAGUGUAAUAAACAUUUAUUCUGUAGAUCUUUGCCCCUUUAUCAUGUAAUAAUAUGUCGAUUUACAAUAUCGUUAUCGAUUCAUUUUAAGUAUAUGACCUUGUUGCUAUUAUUAUUAAUCACAUGUACCUAUGUCUUAUCAAAGAAAUCAUUUAAGUAAAGUCCAAAUUAUGUAGAAAAUAUCGAGUAGCGAAUAAAUUUAUUGUACAUAACCCGCCGCAUUCCGCAUCUACUGUCUCCAUUUUACAAGCGCACGUCACAGACAAUUUGCGUGCAUUAAAACAAAUUUUGUGCCGUUAUUUUAGAUUCUGAGUGGAGCGAAGAAGCUUACAAUUUUACAAAGAUUUUUUUUUUUUCUAUCUGUAACUUUUAUACCAGAAGACAUGCUCGGAUUUCUACGUGUAGCACCAUUUUUCGAUUUUCUCAAGUUUUCUCAUCAAAUUUGAAUAAGCCAAAAAAAAAAACGGGAAAAUGUAAAAAAUAUAUUACUAAAAUAUUACGUUUUUUUCCUGUACACAACUUUUCUACUAACAAUGUUUCUAAGGCAAAAUUCCACUAGUGAAGUACUAGAGAGAAGUCAUAUUUCGAUUUAUUCAAGAGUUUUCCUAGCAAAUGUGAAAAACCAGGAUAAAACAUGGGAAACACGUAGGAAAACUGGGAAAAUCGGUACAACAAUAUUAAACAAAUAUUAUUAAAGAAAAUAUAUAUAAAGCCUAUUUAAUUACUUUUCUAUAAAAUGACGUAUAUAUUUUUGACAAAACAUCACUAUCAACUGAACUUCACUCAGAAACAUUUUUUCGUAAGCAAUGGUUUAUUGUUACAGGUGUACAUUAAAUUAUUUAUAGCAGUGGCUGCACCCGUCCGCAUUAUCUUAAGUCGUCUUUUUUAAUAUUAAACUGACCUAUUCCUGACCUGUUAUUCACUGACCUGUCCCGACGUCAUCGGUGUUUUUUCUGUAUUUUAAUUAGUAAAUGAGUAGAAACAUUUUUAAAUUUUGAUAUUUCAUAUUUACUCAUAUAUGUCACUUAAAAAUUAAAAUAUCAAAAAAAAAAAACACCGACGAUGCGUCCUAUUAUAAUGUUCUUAGUAAAAACUUCUUACCUUUUUGGUUAAUUUACUCUAAUAUUAAAACUACGGGCACACAAUUUGUCAUACUAAAUGCAAAUUUGCAAUGUGUCUUUGUAAGACGUAUACAAUAAAAUAUGUAGAUGUCUCCUUAACGAAUUGAUUUUAAUGCCAUUCGUUUUAUGUACCAUGUGAUCAAUUUUAUCGACCCUCGGUUAGUAAGUUAUGGUUAGUUGGUUACAGCAGCAGAACGGGAUUUUAAAAUAAGAGGAGGGAUCGGAAUUUAAUUUAACAUCGAUAACUACUUACUGCUCCAUUUGCCCCUAUUUUUUACACAGAAGGGGCAAUAUUACUAAAAAAAGUUAAAAAUAUGCAAAUUUCGGAACCAGUGUAAAUGCAAAUGCAUGUUAAUUACUUGACAUAAAAAACAUAUUGAAAUUUUUUUUAUGUUUAGGUGUGGGCUGAUGAAACUUGCGUAUAUUUUAUUCUAAAUGAUUUUCGUUGGAAAUUAUGAAGAGCUAGGAACCCGCGAGCACAACAAAUUCGUCUCAUAAAAAAAUAUAUAACAAUCCAACAAUCGACUUUUUUAGUUUUUUGUUCAUCCAUUUAGUGUCUUCCUCUAUAGUAAAAAAAAAAAAAAAAAACAGACAUACUGCAGCGCACGAUGGGCAUGCCACUAUUGUAGAUGAAAAUUUGGGAAUGUAGAGGCGACAUUUAAUGUAUAUCUAUACGAAACGAUUAAUCUUUGCUAACGAAAAACGAUUCUGAGCGGAGUUCGAUUAUACGUGUUUUAAAAGGCUGUAAUAUUUAUGGUUUAUAAACAAUACAUUUUGUAAAUUUUCCCUUUUUUACCACUUAUUUUGAAAACCCCUGGGAAAAUCAAAAAAUUACCUACUUCAAGUAUCACUCCAGUCAAAUUUCCUCCCAGAAAAAAUGUUACACUUGAAAAUCGGAACAAAAUUUCUGGCAAAAAAGUUGUAAAACAAAAAUAAUAAAAUAACAUUUUAAAAACUUAAUACGUUUCUCACUCCGCUCAGAAUCUAAAAUACUACCUUAAAUUUUGUACAUUUAGCAAUCAAUUAUACAGUUGAUACACUAUAAUCGUUUAUACAAUAUAUAAGUAAUAUACAGACAUACAGUUAAAGUUAAAAAAUAAUUUUAUUAUUUUGGAUUAUAAUAAUUGCUAUUGUAAAUUGUGCGUUAUUCCGCGCAAGUAUAUAUAGUCGAUAAACGAUAUUCGAUCGUUCUAAUAGACAACAUUUAUUAGUUUUUUUGUCGCGGAGUUUUGAAGCCAGCAUUAUAUUGUUCAAGUUCUAAAUUAUUUAAAAAUUCGAUUUUUUUUUUUAACAAAUUGGCAUAAAUUAUUACGGACGUAUUAAUUUGCGCGGAACAUCCUACAUUUUCUAAGUACAAAUAAUACAAUUAUUUUUUAAUUACAAAUAAUACAUUUGUUUUUUAAUUACCUGUAUAUAAUGAUGAUUAUAAUAUGAACUGCAUAAAUUACUACUACAAAAUGUUAAUCCUAUCGGCUUUCACUGACAUUGACGCAUCUGUACGUUUACUCGUUUGUAUUAAAAUCUGAUAACUUGAUGAAAAAGAAAAAAAAUGUAAUGACUAAUUUACAGCUCCUUACGUUGACGUAUCGAAUUACGCAAUAUAAAUCAACAAAAUCAAAUUAAAAAAAAAAACAAAGGGACCUACUUCGCACGAUGGAUGGGCCACUGUUUCAGUUGAGAAUUUGGGAAGGUAAAAGGGAAUUUAAUGUAUGUAUCUGUACGCACCGAUUAAUCAUUACUGACAAAAUAUGAUUUUGAGUGGAGUUAAACUAUACAUGUUUUGAAAAUCCUUAAUAGGUAAAUUUUCCCGUUUUUCCUACGUUUUCCCCGUUUAUUAUGAAAACUCCUGGGAAAAUCAUAAAAUGACCUACCGUCAAAGUAACACCCCAGGGAAAUUUUCUUUCGGAAAAAGUGCUACACUUGAAAAUCGGCGCGAGAUUUCUAGAAGAAAAGUUGUUCUCAAAAAAAAAAAAAAAAAACCAUUGUAAAACCAAUAUACAUUCCUCGCUCGGUUCAAAAUCUAAAAUUCCGAACGGUGAAACGGUUACGGAAAUAUUCGCUUUACACUGUACAAUAUAUAGAAACGACACCGAAUAUAUUGAACGAGUCGAUUUUUUUAAUUUGUGCAAUUAUCUAUUAUGUGGCGGCGUUUCGGCGGGAUGCUGUCGCGAGUAACGAUUGACCGGUCGCCCGGGGAAAAAACGACCAAAUGUCACCGACAUUCGACAUACGGUGUGUGUAACCCGACCGGACCGGUACAUUUCCACGACGGCAGCGCGUAAAAAUUUAUUUUCCAAUUCAUUAGCCGGGCCGAAAGUUGUACGUAUUCCCUUCGCUGCGGCGCGUCCGUCCGGACGGACCUUAUUGAAUUCGGUCGUUUGUGUACACGUGCGAUACUUCCGGUCGAACAGGAAAAAAAAAAAAAAAACCACUACCUACACUGUGCACAACAGCACCACCGACCACCAAAGCCUUAUUAUUAUUUCGACCGGUGCGUAUUAUUGAUUUUCGUGACGGUGCUGUAUAAAAUGCAUUACGGCCCGAUGACUAUACAUCAUAUAUGUAUAUAUAUAUACCUAAUGUGUAUAGGCACACGAGGCACGGUCAUUAAUUUUCUCGUUUCCAUAACGCUGACCGACCGUGAAAAAAAUAAUAAAAAAUUUACGCGAUGGGAAAGAAAAAAAAUAAAAUAAAAUUGUUGUAAUAAAAUAAAAAAAAAAAAUCGUCCAUAAUGACGUCGUCGUGAGCUUGGGGCGGCAAACCGCACGCGAUACGCGGACGGGGCGUGCGGGUACACGGCGACAGCCGCCGUCGUUAUGGCACAGAGUCGUGAUGGCCGACUGCUGUUGUUGUUGCGGUAUUGUGUAUUGCAGAGGGAACCCGAGAAAAGUUGUUUAGAAUAAUAUAAUUUAUAAUACAGUCAUGGUGCAGCAGCAGCGGCAGCAGCCGUCCCGGCCGACAGCGCCGGCGACGACGACGACGACGACGACGUCUGGUUAUGGCGAUGAUGACUCAUGGCGCGUAUUAGGUACACUGCAAGAGCGAAAAAUGGUAGUUUUUUUUUUUCCGGAAUUUUUUUGUUUUCUACGUGCUUGAAAACAACACACCAAUAACAAUCGACGGGCGUCGUCGUCGUUCAAGGUUAAGAGCGUCGCCGUCGUAGUACUUAUAUAGAAUAAAAUUGGAAGGAAAAAAAAAAAAUCCGACGGCGUAAAAUGGGAAUACCGUCUCAUAGUACCGAUAAUAAUAAUAAUAAUAUUACACGAAACUACGACGAGUCUACGAGCGGCACAGCCACGCAACAGCAGACUAUAUCCAAUAUCCAUUGGUGUAUUAUGUACAUACAGUGAUAUAGGUACCGUUGCACAUUUCGUUGCCAGCGGCGGCCCGGUCGCCCGUGACGAAAAUUCGCCGUGACCGGUGGCCCGUCAAGUUUGCGCCGCAGCCGGGCGUGCGUCGCCUUCUCGCGGGGGAGGGAAACGGGUACGGUAUUAUCGUGCCGCCGGCAACACUGGCCCGGCGGCGGCCCGCCGGCGACCGUCUGCCCGUCACCACCGACACGACUACCCCGGUCUCUAAACGCUGCAGCCGGCUGCAGUUUUGGUCUUUCAGCACCGCGCAGUUGUUCGUCAGGCGUGAGGCGUUCAUACGAUUCUGUUGAAGCGUAGAACUGUUUUAUUUAUUUUUUUUCAUUUUUAUCAAUUUUCAUGCCGUCAAGUUAAAUUUGAAUCCUCGUCGAACCCAGUGGAUUUUUUUUCUUGUUUUUUUUUUUUUUUUCUAUUAAUUUCAUACGUGCGUCUCGAUCGCCGGGGACAGUGCAAUACCAUCAGUAACGAGAGUUUUGUGAAUAACGAUCGUAACAAUAAUAAUAUACUAUAAUAUAAUUCACGUCGGUAUUAAAUUUAAAUAUUAAAUAAUAUUGUUCGGGUGUUUCCGUUAGCAAUACGCCAUCGCGUUUCCACCGCGAUUUAUUUUACACGGCGGAGGAGGUGAGAUGAUGAAACAUUUUUUUAUUACUAUCGUUUAGAAAGAAAAUAAAAAUUAAUUAUUUAUUUAUUUCGUUCGUCCGGCGGGGACCCCCACGCCCAGCGUCGUCGCACGACAAUAAAAUCGCAACAUUACGACAAUAAAAUAAAAUUAUAUUUUAUUAUUGUCGACGGUUCCCGUUUAACGGUGUCACCCCCCCCCCCCCCCCCGAAAUAGAUCAGCAAAAACCCGAAUUUCGCGAAACAACAGCGAAAUAUUCGACGGCAAUAUCGCCGGGGCAAAACGCCCGGUGGUGUUUUCGUUUCGGCCGUACUCGCUCGCGUACCCAAAACGCGUUUAAAAAUAUGCGCACCGUCCAAACGACAUUUCCGUGACGUCAUCCCGUUCGGAUAUUUUAGGUGUUUUUUGGUUUGGAUGUAUUAUUGUUAUUAUUGUUGUUGUUAAUUUCGGUUGUUAUUAACGACACGGUGCCGGGCGUGGAAUCGGCACCGCGAGAACGAUAUCGCGCGGUAAUUUAAUGACUUUUUAAUAACGGCGGCCGGCGACGGCGAAAAAACAGAACGGAAUUACAUAAAAUAUAAAAAAAAAAAAAUAAAAAUAAAAAACCGCACUCGCUCGCCACCGCCACCACGAACAUUUGACAUAAUAUCCACGAACGUAAUAAUAAUAAUAAUGACAACACCUACCUUAAUGUUUCGGUAGCGGUUUUAGUCUUUUUUUUUUUCUCUUGCGUUCCCGGUGUCUAACAACUGGUAAUAAUAAUAAUAAUGGUGAAAGGAUUACGACGGCCGAGUAUUAAUGUCCUGUAAACCUGCACAUUAUAAUAAUGGCAGUGCAUACAAUAAUAAUAAUACCCACUGCCUAUGAAACGGUUACGAAAGCAGCAGUUGAAUCUCUUUCGGGCGCGCGUAUGUUGUUUUUUAUUUUUUUCAUUCCUUUCUACGUACAAUACGUACGUACAAUGGCGUCUUAAUUAUAUAUGGGUUUUCUUUUCGGGUUUUCCACUUCCGCAAUAACGCUAUUGCUUUAAUGUCAUACGACGCAUAAUACUUGUGUUAUUAUAUUCGCGGAUACGUUGUAUUGUAUCGACUCGACGCGAUAAAAAUACCGCGUAAUUAUUAGAGCUUAAAAAAGAAAAAAAUCGAGCGCUCUCUCUCUCUAUUUGUACAAUAAUAUUAUAGUUCGUGCCCGUUCGCCGGACGAUAUUUUCGAUUUUAACCGUUAGUAGAGAGGAUCGAUGAUUUCUUAUUAGACGAGCGCGCUAAACACGCGCGGUCCUCGCACCACACUACCCGAAACGUAAUCGAUAAUAAUAAUAAUAUUAUGUCGUCGUCGUUAUGGACGAUCCGUGUAAACGUACGAUAAUACCCCGUUCCCGACUCGCCCCCCGUUAUCGGAUAAUAUCCCGAGAUAACGGUAGGUGCCCCCCCCCGUGUAUUGUUGCCGACGAGCCCGAAAAUUCGGCCGGCCGCAAUGCGUAAUGUCCCGCGAACGCUGCUGCGGACGAAUAAUUCGGAGGGGUUCGGACACGGACUCUUGGAAAUUCCCCAGGCGCACGACACGUGUGAUGACGUCGCGGCGCUGCGGUACACGGCCUUUGAGAGUACGCCACGCCCGCGUGUCGUGGCCGUCGUCUCCGCGUAUCGCAUACGCCCAGACGGAACAUUUUCGUUGGGCUCGGACAACGCGAAGAUAAGAAUCUAUCGUAAUCUGCGCGUCGCGUUAUCCUUUUUUAAUCUUCUACAUGUUUACUCUUUCGUUGUUGUUGCCGUGUGGGAUUGUCGCUGUAGUUCCAAGAACGUAUUGGAGACUAAAAAACUUCCUCGAAAACAAUCCUCACCAGUUGAACGGAUGAUAUCGACCGAUUCACCGGUGGCGCCGUUUGUGGCGGGACUUGGUGGUGUGCACUCGCACACUCCUUACAAUUAUUUAUAUUCAUGUUAAUGUUGGCCUGUCGUCACUUUUUUUUUUAGUUUCUUUUAUCGAAAUUUCGGGCGACCGCGUUGCGUUUCGAGCAUUUUUCGAACGAUACGUGGCUGUGGUAAUUGGCCUCGUAAAAUAUUCUCGCUUGAUCAUAAAAAAAUAGCGACUCUGCAAUUCAUUUUCUAAUAUUAAAACCAACACCGCCGCAAUGUUGUCCCUGCCGAACGCAAACUUCCGAUGUCCUUGCGUUUGUAAAACGCAGACGACACGCGCAGGUAUCCGCACGCCCUCUUUAAUAUAUUCGUCGCUCGGUAGGUACGUAUGUACAAACCAAAAGCGCGUGUAUAAAAAACAAUUUCGGAGAAAGAGGAGUGAAAACAAAAUCGAACAUUUUCAACUGUGAAACCUAUAUAGUUGUAUAGUAUGUUUCUGUUUUUUACGUUUUCGGCGUAGGUAGUUUGAAUCCAUAUAAUCCCUCCCUCCCUCCCCCCCCGUGUACAAUGGCGUCUAUUUCAAAGGUAACACCCGCGUCCCGGAGCAAUGAAUAAUUAAAUUAUUGUUCCGUUCUCCGUUAUUAAUAUAAAAAGAGCUGUUCUAAUCUAGGAGCUGGUGCUGUACACUGCCGCCCGAGUCCGGUGCCGAAGCCGCCCAAAACCUCUCCCAACUCACCACGUAAUCGAGCUAUUUUGACCACGCCCCUUUUCAAUAAUUUUUUUUUCUAAUAUUAUUUUUCACUGACUUGUUUAAAACUAUUUUGUCAACUUUUCUUUUCUUAAAAUAAAAAUAACAAAACUUAUAUAGAUAAAUGCUCUUUUAUUUUUAGUUUCGGAGUGUGGCGAGUAAGAAUGUAUUGAUUUUACAAUAAUAUAAUUUUAUUUUUUCUAAGAGUAGUUUUAAUUUUAUCCAUCUUAAUUUGUAUCUUAUAAUUUAAAUCCGCUAUUUGUUUCUCCGACCACUAAUUCGAUUCAUACAUUUUAUCCUAGUUUUCGAAAUGUAAUAUGUAAAGAACUUUCUUUCUGUAAACGUAUUUGUUUUUAUCCUACUAUGACUAAUUCUGAUUUUUCCUGCAUAUUUUCCAAACGCUCACAAUCUGUAACUUUAACAUCAUCUCUUAUUUCUUGCAUGGUUAUUUCCUCGAUUUGUUGUAUAUCAUUUUGGUUAAAUGAUAAAUUAUCCUUAUCUUGUAAUACUUGCGAAAGGAAUUGAACAUUUUUCACCUUUAUGAAUGAAUGACCAUUAAUUGUAGGAACUUUAUUAUUAGUAUUAAAUGUUAUAAAAGUGUUUUCUGUUGGAAGGACUAUUAUUUCCGUAUCGUUAGUUAAACAGAAUGAAAACGUAUCCUCCUUCUUUAAGUUUUUCCCUAGUAUUGUUAAUAUUUAUAAAGAUAUUUUUGGAAUAGUCUUUUAAGAAAUAUACACUCGUUGUCCCAUCUUUUUCUGCAAGUACUCCAACGUAUGGAUCUUUUCCUUUAUUAUUAACGAAAAAAACUACUUGUAUCUAAAUUCAGCCAUUUCUUAUUAAAAAUGAAUAUUAUCUUUUCUUUAAAUUCUACAGCUUUAUGCAAUUUCUCCAAGUUUCUGGAUUAUCCGGUUAAUUUGUAUUCGAAUUGCCCCAAUAUACGAAAUGCAAGAAAUUAUUCAACUCAACGCAACAAAUGUUCUGUAAACUGUCAAUUUUGUUCACAUUUUAGCAAUCGACACUGAAUAAAACGGCGCUUCUUGGAAAUACAUUUUACUAUUUUCCAACAAAAUUAAACAGUCUUCCAGUGGUUUAAAUACGUCUCCUACUUAAAAGCAAUCUUCAAUAGUAUAGUUAUAUAUUGUCGUUUCCUACCUUGUUAUGCCAUGCUUCUUCGCUUGUUCAAAAGAAUAUGUUUUUUUUUAACGUUCAUUGGGGCAAUUAAUAAAGUCGAUAAUGUGGUUACCGAUCUGUUUAUCAACUCCAGGAAUGGUAAUUUGGCACAUACAUUUUUUAUACAUUUUUACUCUGGCAUUCGAAUUGAACCAUGUUAAACAACUUUUUUGUUAUUAUUUACAAUUACUUUACAGCCCUGAUUACAGCUUUGUGGUCUCCUUCGGAACAAAAGUUGUGAUUGCUGGUUAGAAAACGGGACAUUUCUGUCUUGUUAAAUAUACCUCCAAAAUCUUGCGUAAUAUCUAAAUCCAAAGGUAGUAAUUUUCAUCUCGGAUCUUCGCCAAGAUAUCUGGAAGUUUUUUUAACAAAUCGUCUAAUUCGAGGUCCGCCAGUUCUACUUUGUACGGAAUAACUACGGGAUUUUUAUAUUUUUUAUAAAUAGUUUCCAUACCUUCCGAUCCAAUAACUUGUGUAAUUCGUUUCCCCGUCGUUUUCGCAGUACGCAAAUUAUAGGGCAAUUUCGCUUUUACUCCGUGUCUGGCAAACCCGAAUUUAGAAAAUUCUUCUCAUAAAUGGCUAUUAAAUGAUCCACAUAUUACAUUCUAGGAUACGGUUUUUUGUUCCUUCACAAUUUACAAGAUUGGUUAUUUUAGCCAGCGUUAUGUUAUCGCAAAACGGUUUUUUUUUAUGGGUGAUAAAGUGUCGUCACCCGGCACCUCUUUCUCCUUUUGUGAAAUCAAUAUUGCCUACAUCGGAAACUAGGUUGCUAAUUGGCCAAUACAUUUUCUAUUAGUAGUCACGAUCCAAACCAUUCGCUCAUUCGUUGAUUAUAUUCGAUUUCCCAGAAGCUGGGGUAAACUGCAGAACUUUCUGUAGAAAUCAUUUGCACGAAACAGUAUUUUAAUUAUUAUUGUAAUUUGAAACAAAUAAUUACCAUCGCGCUUCGUUGAUCAAACUAAAGUGGACAUUUAUUUCCUAUAUAGAAAAAAUAUGCCGUAAAACCAUCGGAAUAUUAUCGGCGCAAUACCCGCGUGUGCACUACACAUUAUAGUCAAUUUUCGCGGCUCGCGAGUGCGUUAUUUGCAUUUUCAACGGUGUCGCGACGAUCUCGUAAUAUUAAUUUUUUUGAAAUGCGAUUAUUCAUUCACGAGCAGCGCCACCGUUGCGGUCGUUUUUUGUUGUCCGAGUUUACUUUCCGAUCUCGCGAAAACGUGUUAAACCACGCCCCUCCGCCCCCCCCCCUUCGCCCCUCGUUAAUAAUUAUGCGGGUAUUUAUACGGCAUUUAACAACGUUUAUAAUAUUAUUAUAGCGCUAGUACAUUAUAAUAUUAUUUUAACCGGAGAUUAAAUCCCCGAUACGUUAUACGACUGUAUUAGUGCGGGGAAUUUAAUGCCUGCGUUAAAAAAAAAAAAAUAAUAAUAAUUCGAUAAUCGCGAAAAUGCAUUAUUUAGAUUAUUAAUAAACAACGCGCGACUAUUUUUUUUAUUGUAAUACCGUGGACUUUGACGGGUCUUCUAUUUCUAUAUAGGUACCUUUAUCUAUUUUUAACUGAUAAAACAAGGCGUGCCCGGUUUUUUAUUAAAAAUAAUUUAGAGCCGAACCGAAUGCUCUCGAUCGAUAACCGUGAAGUAUACGAUAGUGUUAUAAUAUUAAAAAGCUCAGUGUCGGCCCGGCCAUGGCCACAAGUCAAUGUUUGCGUCCCGAGCCCCACGCGAUUCGCACAAUAUCAUCGUUUAACUAUAUUGACUGCAGUCUUUCGAGCACAGAUUAUUAAAAAUGUUUGGACCAUUGCAGACUACUUGUAAAAACAAUUGAGUAUAAUUGCGUGGGCACAAAAUAUUUAUAAAAGAAAAACACUCCAGCGUGUAGCCUUUGGUGUACCGAGCUGACACCGAAGAAGCUAUGCACAAAUAAUAUUCGAUAGGAGUGAAAUGCUAAUAAAACGCUAUAAGGUACGUGUCUAUCAUAUUAUAACGGGCACGGAAAGUUAUCGCAAUUUAAAUUGCAAUUCGUGCAAGAGUAACGCAAAAUACCCGAGACUUUUUUUUAGACGGAUUUUUCGUUUAAAGUUUUACGUCACUCGUCAGUCGUCGAGUUAUAUAUUGUUAUUUCUCUCACUCUCUCUCUCUCUCUCUCUCUCUUUCUCUCUCUCUCUCUCUCUCUCUCUCUCUCUCCCCCUCUCUCUCCGAAGACCGAACUCCUCGCGUUUUACUCCGCACUACGAGCCAUGUGUUUAUAAAUAGUUUUUAAAAAAAUUUUUCUCCGUCGUCGGUAUAUUUGAUCGAUUACAUUUUGUACAAUACCCUGUUAAAGCGAUUUACGGAUAGUUUUUUAUAGCGUUUUUUUUCCCUCUUCGUUCCUUUUGCCCGAUUGAACCAACAGCAGUGAGGGAUACUCGUUUACGUUACUCCACUCCUCCCGCAGUCACGCCACCGCCACCUUCAUCGCCCGUCGUUUAUUGAUAUUAAAACGAAAAAAAUUCGCAACUGAUUUGCCUUGGCCUCGUAUUGUGUUCUCUUGUCCAGCCUCAUUAGGCGUUCCGUUAAAACCCCCGUAAUAAAAACUCGAAAACUGAAACUAAUAAAUUAACUACAAAUAUUCGUUAAACUAUAAUAAUAUUAUUCCGCUACCUUUUUCUACCUCCUUACAUUUUAGUACUCGUAAAUUGCGACUGUAUUGUAAUAUUAUUAUCGUGUAUACAGGAUAGUAGGUGUGUAUUACAAAUUAUCUCGUUACGCAGUACGUAGGACGUAGGUAGCUAUGCGUAUAUUUUAUUUUAUGAACAUUUUUUAAUAGGGUGUAUAUUAUAACGCGAUCUAUUUCGCCUAUUUCAUUUAUUAUUUACGCUAAUUUUUUUUGUUUACGAUACUAUUAAUAUCGCAUAUUGUGCGCUACUAUAUUAUACAUUGUAGAGCGUAACAUUAUUAUAAUAUUUCAUGGGUACAGCGAAACGGGAAUAUUCCGUAAAACGUGUAAUUUCUUCUGAGAAGCGUCCCCACUACGGUUAAAACGGCCGUUCAAUUAAUUUUUAAUUAAGAACGCUGUAUAUGCUUUUAAUAGUUUUCUGUGCGUUUAUUAUGCGACGAUGGUUUCGAGUACGGUACCUUAGGUGGGUGUAUCGGGAGUCCACUCGAAACGACGUCGGUAAUCUGCCUCUCUCGUGCCUGUUAUUCUUCGCGGACCGAUGAACAAUGAUUAUUAUAAUCGUUUAUUUUUAUGUGUAACGAACACUUAUAAUAAUAUUAUGGUUUACGAUAAUUGGUCGACGCAUACGGCUCUCCCCGAGUGCUGGGCUCUCGUGCUGUGCGAUGCGGUAUUUUCUCUCUUUCCCCCCGUUUUAUACUGCUUUUUUUUUUCUUUUCUUAAGAGGUCGGAAUACAGUUAAAACUUUAUUAUAAUGAUAAUGUGUAGAGAGAAUAUCAAAUAGACGAGAAAAAGAAAACCGCGUUCUAGAAAACAUAUUUCACGGUAGUGUAGGAGUUUUUAUUUGAUCGUGGUGGUGGUAUUAUGAGCGUUAUCGGAAAAAUAAAGGGCGGUCGAAGAAGUCAAUGACGGCGAUGGUGAAAAUAGCACAAUAACAUUCCUAUAAUUUUGUUAUAGUUUCGCGUUCAGUUUGAACAUUUCGAAGUAUCUGUUGCCAUUAAUAUUAAUUAACAUCGGAGUACCUAUACUGCGACCUUAAUUUGUUUUAUUUUCGUUUCGUCCGGUCAAUCUAAUGUAAACUCGCUUGUCGUGCGUAAUAAUAUUUAUAAGAAGAGUCAUAGUCUUUUCCAAGACCAAUAAGGGAGCUUUAACACCGUCCCCCCUCCGCUCUAAUUUCCCCAGUUAAAAUACAAACGAACAGUAUAAAAUAUUGACAAUUUUUAACUAUAAUAAAGUAACAACCGUUACACUAUUGCCGCAAUCCUUAUACUCGACUACAAAUAGUUUCACUAUAAAAUUGUAUGUCUUCGUGGUUAUUAUCACCGCUUUCGGAAACCUAGAAAAUUCGGAGAAAAACUGUGUAUUUUUGGACCACUCGGACCAUUACACAUUUCCGAUUCCACACCGCUUAUUUCUUUAUAAUUUUUGUGUACAUAAUCACAAAGUCAGCAAUACACACGAGAUGAGUUUACGGGUGAUCAUCAGUUGGGAACUACGAGUUCAGAUUGUCGGGAAUGUUGAAUUCUCUAGGGAAGUUUCGUCUUCUCUAUUCGGUGUCCACGCGAGAAAAUUUUAUUGUAGCCACUUCGGCUAAGAUUUGUAUAUUUUAAGCCGUUUCUGUUAGUUUGUUUUUCCACUGUUUCGGCGAGACGUUUUUUUUAGAAAAAUCAGACACAAGGCCACUUCAUUUCGGAACAAAAUUUGGUCGCGGAACCGACGAAAUGUAUGAAUAUUCGUUCGGUUUUCGUACUUAAAUAUGAACGAAUAGGCCCUUCUUCGUCGCAGAAAUAAACCGUGAUUUCGGGGGCCUCACGAGUUCACGUGUUUCGGCCAACCGCAAUUUUCGGGACUUUUGCAACGACGGCGUGCGUGUGUAAUAUCGAAAUACGGCUUAUAACACGAGCGUAUAAUUUCCAUUCGAGUGUAUUGUCGAAAAACCGCCGGGGUGAUUUCUACGCGUGCAGCAAGCAGCACGGUGUGGCGGGGCCGCCGGGGAGUGGCGCGUUCGGGUGUACGAUCGGACGCGAAGCUCUCGAUUUUCCGUCUACGUCGUUAUUUUGUGUUCGUAUUUUUCGCCCGUCCAGACGCCGGUCGACGGGGCGUAGCCCGCCGCGGCGGGAUCGAUAUUGCCGAGCAAACGCCCCGACGUCGACGAUCCGCCGCCGCCGCCGCCGCCGGAUCGCAACAAGCCGCGCCGCCGGUAAAACGGUAACGCGUUCGUGCCGGUCGGGGUCUCCCCGUACCGUACGUUAUGAAAUAAUAUUUUCGCGUUGCCCGUCGUAUGCGUACACAGUCUCUCGUGUACGGUGUAACUACUUCCUGUUAUAGAAAUUGCCAAUUACCCGUCUGCGAAUCCGGCCGGCCGCGUUUCGCCUCGUGCACCCGAAACGCUCGUCGGCGAUUUUUUUUUUUUUUUUUUCUAUCCGAUAAUUACUUCUGUCCGACGCACGCGUCUUGCCCGCGCGACGGUAUUUUCAAACGCGCCCCGGCGGCUUUCCGGCAAAACCUAUAGUCGGCGCGACGGGCGAAACGAAAUUCGGGACGGGGGGGGGGCUCUACAUGAAAUCGGCGGACGGUUUUUUAUCGCCAGGAAUGUUUUAUUAUUAUUAUUAUUAUUUUUUUUUUUUUUUCAUCAAGGAACAUUAAUCCGGAUUGGUUUGCAAACCAAUGGUUUUUUCGGUUGCUUCGCAGUGUAAAGUAGACGUUUUCAAAUCGUAUUUAUUCCCCCCCACUCCGUUACCUAUCCGCCGCCGUCGACGUGGUUUUCCACUACUCGGGUCGACGUGCGAAGCCGGCCCGCACUUUGAACGCGCGUCGGCACCGGAAACCAUUGAUUUUUACACUGAAAUUCCCCAUUUUUACGCAACGUUGUUUGGCUUUCCGAACUUUUACUCCUACUCUGCCAGUACAAUAUUGUCUAACCGUGUAAUUUAACGCCGGCGCUUAUCGGAACAAUAUACUGAACAUUCGAAUAUCGUCGCUGGCAGUGGCGUAGUUCCGGGAGGGGGGGUGCAAGGCCCCCGAAUAAACAUUUUUUCUUCCCCUUAUUGGUUAGAACUAAAUUCUAAUUUAAUAUGUACAAUAUUGUCGCGUACAUAAUAUAAUUACAGAAAUUAUCCGAGUUUCGGCAACUUUCUUAUUAUAACGGAAAAAUAAUACUAACAAUCUCGAAAUGAAAAUUUUGUGCGCUCCCGCGUCACGAUAUUAUUAUUGAAAUUAAUGCGAAAACAAAUAGUAUGAGAUGACACGUUGUAAAACUUUGAGGCGACUCGGACUCGACUAGAGUAGCGAACAGACAGACAGACAGACAUGUCACUACGGUCGACGACUGUAAAAAAAAAAAUAAAAAUUUGUUCCCCGAGAUUUUAGUGUCGAUACAACACUCGUGUUGCCUGCAAUAUUCGGCUGCGUAUGGGCGUGGCUACGCUACGCGCGCGUACCCCGAACACUGGCGUCGCGGCGCCGUCCGCGGGAGCGACGCAGUAGUCUAUCGUUGACAACCGACCAGAACGAGUAACUCGAUAUUGUACGUUUGUGCACAAUAAAUUGGGUGGUAGCGCUGUUGUGUGCUUGGAAAAUGUUCGUAUCACGUGGGUAUGUGUUUUUGUGUUCGAGUACCGAACGGUCUAUAAUUUUACGAAAAAUAAAUAAUUUAUGUAGGAAAAAAAAAAAUUGUCAUAAAAACGCACGAGUCUCUAAUAAUAGGUAUUCCGUUGUCUGUCUGCGAGCGGCCCGUUCCGUACGUCGGCGUCGGUCGCGCAACAGGAGGGCAGCUAAAACGCGUCGCCGCCACUGCCGACGUGAAUAGGCCCUGUAGAUGCCCAAGUAUCCAAGCGAUUGCGAUUUCUUUUGCGCGUACUCGUGUGAAGCGGGCCUCACAGUAUUCUGUACCAUACAUUUAAAUAUAAAUUGUAUUGUUUGAGUUUGAAACGUCAGUAUCGUUACACGACACACGCAUAAUACAUUUAUACAAUUGUGUACAUUUGUACAUUUGUACACAGAGACGUACCCGGGGGUGGGAGAAAGUUUUGGGUCCCGACCCCCUGCCCCGUUAAAUUUAGUAAAUUCGUCUGUAAGUGUGUCUAUAGCCGGUGGUGUGUGACGUGUACAAUUAUUACCAAUGUUUUUAACAGUAAUUUUUUUGGUUACGGAAUUUAACUAUAAUCAUAAUUAUUUUAAUUUUUCCUAAUAAAAUAACGAUUCAACUAUUGCGUAUUAAACAGUUUUAGUAUUGUUUAUUUUUGUUUAAUGUUUAUUUUACGCUACAUAUUAACCUCUAUUACGGUAUAUUUGUGCGAUUACUAUAGUGUUACUUUACAUAGUGUUAUGUAUUUUAUGAAAUGUUAAUAUAAACUAAUACCAAUUCAAAAUGUCAUUUAUUUUAACUUGUAAUCAUAAAUAUACUUUAAUCCCCUCCCCCCAGAAAUAAAUCGUAUCCACGUCACUGAUCGUGCUGGUACCGUUUAAUCGCCAUAUCUAUUAUUAAAAUACCUAUGGUUUUUCUCUCGGGUCGAAACUUUGCUCGUCUCAAAACAGGAUUGAAAUAAAAUAUUAUUCAGUUAGCGUAUAAUAAUAACCGUACGAGGUACAUUAAUAUUAUGUGAAUUUCUAUUUAUUUCAUUUGUUAUUUACAAAUCCUUUUCGAUAAUUCAGAUAGAUACGCGCAGUACCUAACCAAAUAGUAAUAGCAAUAAUAAUAUUAUUGUUGUAUAGGUAAUAGGUACCUAUGUAAAACGUUCAAAACGAUAAUAUGUGUUUAUAGAACUUCCGACAAAUACGGUAAUAUUCGUACAACUUCCGCGGCGUUACAUAGUUUAUCGUUGGAUUAAUUUGUUAAUAUUUAAUUGAAUAUAAUGUAGAGAGACUGUUCGGAAAUUUCCCAAGAGAUACCUAUACCCAACGGUGUACCUAUGUUAAACAGUGAAACUGAACCCAUAAAAUAUCGCGCCCCCGUAAAGAGAGUCGCGUAUUGGGAACUCCGUAUAUCGUUGACCAACAAGAUAAAAUAUUAAUAAUAUGUACACGGAAGUUUGUUUAGCGCACCCUUGUGUGUACGUGUUUGCAUUGUUUAAUCCCCUAUUAAGCCAUUUUUCAGAAUUGUUUGUAUUCAGAACCAACACAAUAACCGUUAUUACCCACCUACCCAUAUUAUAAUAGAUUGAAAAUAUGAUAAUACGGACAUAUUGAUAGAAGGAGAAUCGACGAUAUGGGAAGGUAAGGCAAAGAAAAAUUAGGAGGUGGUGGUAUUCGGGGAGAUAAUGAGGACAUCGUACCUACCAAACGCAGAAAUAGUGAUGCAUCGUGGUGAUGUGGUGUGUGAGAUUAAGAAUAGCCUGGGUCCGUUAGAGUUGGAUGAAGAGGAGGUGAAAGAAAAAGUGAUGUGAACGUAAAACAUGUAACAUUAAUUUUGAAUUCUUUGAUUGGUGAAUUAUUGUUAUUAUUUAUUAUUGAUGCAUAAACACUGUAUACAUUUUAAUUUGUUAUAAAAUUAUCAUUUUGUUUCCAUAUAGAUGUUUGUGCUUAUCGACUAAAUUUGUAAAUAAUAUCAUUUUUCUGCUUGAAUGCCUAGGACCAAAAAUAAACAAUCGCCAAUUUAUUUUCUAAAAUAAAUAUAAAUAUCUAGAGAGCGUCAUCAAAACAAUCAAAAUAUAUUCCAGCAUUAUUGUUUUAUUAUAAUAUCCUAUGCGUAUUUAUUAAUGAAUCCUCAAAAUGUCGACCAAAAAAAAAAAAAAAAAUUAGAGAACACGUUUUUUUUAAAAAUAAAUCAAUGUUUUAGUUACUUACCUACAUCUAUUUCGUGUUCGGUGAAUUUAUUGUUGUUUUAAAUAAUUAAAACAAAAACAAUACAUAUAUAAUAUUAUAACAUUCGUUUCCACCCCGUGUCAAAUAUCCACUUUUUAAUUUCUCCGGCCACCUCUUUAAAUUCGACUCUUUGAUUAUUUGCUGUAUAGAAAUUCGUAAAUUUAUUGCAUAUUACUUGGUACUUAUUAGAUAAAAUAUUUUAACUUGAAUGAAAAGUAAUAUUUUAUGGUAAUUAUUAAGAUAAUCAAUAUAACACUGACAUCUCUUGUAUAGUACUACUCAAGUUAACAACAUUAUUAAUUGUUUAAUAAUAAUCAAACCUUUCAUAAUUUAUAAACUUUGCGUACUUUUUAGUAAAUAUUUUAUUUUCAUUAAAAUUUUCCUAAAAAUAAUGUUUUGUGGGCUAAGUAUUUUAAUAAGCCUAUGCGCAAUACUCGUUUAUUGCCGACCCCUUGGUGUACAGUUUAGAUUAUUACAAUAAUUAUUAAUACAUAAUACUAAUAAUGUUGCAUAUCGUCCGAGAAUAUAAUCUAUGUAAUUUAUUUAAAAAUAAACGAGUUUUACUGCGAUACCCCAGUAAUUUUAAAAUGUAUAAUCAGCAAUUAAUAUGAAAUAUUAAUAUUAUUUUAGAUAUAUUUUACUGGCAAAUUAUUGAUGCACUCAUUUAUUUUAUAGCUUGGUUCCUGCAUUCAUUAUCACUCAAUAUAAUAUGAACAAUUAAAUGUUUUUUAACCAAAUAAAAUGAUUAAUUUUCUAUACCUGAUUAGUAAAAUAUAAUAUUACCUAUGUAAAAUAUAUGCCUAACAAAUUAUCUGAAUCAUAUUAUAAAAAUAUAAAACAUUUUAGUUAUGUAAAUAAUGUUUUUUUUUUUUUUUUUAAACGUAGUUCUACACAGGUAGGUGUAGCCUUAAAUUGCUAAUAGGUAAGUUCCCCUGUAUGUAUUUUUAAUAAGUUACUAACCAAUAACAUAACAAUUUUAUUGUGUAUUAUUUAAGUGCAACUAAUUUAAAAAGAAACAUUUAAAAAUUAGCUUAAAAAAAUGAAAUUAGACUAAUCAGUAUUAAUUAUUAGAAAAAAUAAGGUAUAUUUUCUUGACAUUAAUUUCAGUAAAUUACCUAUGUUUUUACUUUUUUAAUGGUGCAAAUGUUCAUUAAGCAUUGUAGCAUAAUAAAACAACUAGGUAAUUAUGUAUUUUUAAAUAAGCUAUAGAUACAGUCUAAUUGAUGUGUUGUAAAAAAAAAAAACUUGUCGGUAGUGGCCUACUAAUCCAAUGGAGAAAUAUUAUUUAUCUGUUAAAAAAUUAUGUUAACUUCAAUUAUUUUUAUUUUCAUUUUAGUAUGUAUUUUAUUUUCUGUAUUAUAAAAUAUAUUUAAAGCAAAAACAUCAUUAUUAAUGUGCUAUAUUUUUUCAAGUAAAACAUCUUUCUAAGUAUCUAAGAAAAUAAACAUUAAUAUUUUUAUCUGGUUAUAAAACAAAUAAUGUAUACAAUGAACAAUUAUAUAGUAUAGUAUAUUGACUUAUGAUAUUUCAAAAAUAAUAAUUGAAUGUUUUAAUUUUUUUUUUUUUCAGGUGACGUGUCUGAAGUUAGCAACAAACUUUGUUUUAAAUCUAAGGCGCAGGGAUCUACAGACAACAUAUCAGUUAUUACGGUAUUUCUACAGGAUCCUAAAGAAUUAGUAGCUAAAAGGAGGGCUGUUAUUAUGGAAACAGCAAUGGAGCAGAGAAAUGCAACUGCAACACUUGCAUCAUAUGGUCAAGACACUGGUGAUUUUGGCCCUGAAACAGAUGUUGACACGCCUGACGAUCAAAUCAGUUUGACUAAACCACUGAAAGGUAUAUUUAUAAACAGACUUUAUUUUAAUGUUAAGAAACAACAACAUGAUAUAAUAAUUUUUAAAGUUUUUACUAAAGUGGGACAGUGAUUUGAAUAUUUUCAACACAUUCACCUCGAAUGUGAAUAGUAACUAAUGUAUUAUUAUUUUCAAUUAGAAUGCAACAAUUUUAUUGUUGAGAAUUAUUCUGAAUGAAGCAGAGAAAUUAAAUUUAAACACUAAUUCUUUUGGCUGUUUUGUCUGAUUUUUUUAAUUUUUCAUUUACACAAUAUUAAGUAUUUUUACUACUAAAGUAUUUAAACAAUGAUCGCUUCAUACUUUCAUUGUACCAUCUGUGUUGAAUUUACUUUGUGUGGGUGGACAUAAAUUUAUUAAAAAAAAAGUUUCUGUUAAAUGUAUACAAAAUGAAAACGCUUUAUUCCUUCAUUUUGCUACAAAUUUGAAUAGAAAAUAUUUUUUUUUUUUAUCAUCUUAUAUUUUAGUAAAGAGUAAUGUUUAUCAGUUGUUUUACCAUUGGAGUAAAUUGUUUUCUUACUGACUUAACUUACUUUUUAUUUAAUAACUAUAAGUUUAAUAAUUAUACAUUUUUAUUUAACUUCACCUUUAGAAUAUUUUUUCACUAAAUAUUAAUAACAAUUAUAUUAUAUAUUAGUUUUUUGUAUUUUUACUGUUUAUUUUAAGGUACAUUUAUUAUCUUUUUUAAUAAAAAAAAACCGACCCAAGUCUGUUUUUGGUUAUUCAUGUUUAGUAGGUAAUGCAUUCAGGCAAGCUAUCAGGUUUGCUUUAUGAUUACUAAUCAUAUAGUUUGUGACACUUGUAUGUAUGAAUGUAGGUAAAUUUUUAUCUAGGUUUCGAACAAUAGAUAUACAGAAUUAACGGUAAAAAUAUUAAUAAAUUUAACAAGGUGAUAGUUAUCAUAAAUUUAAAAUAAAGAAAUAGAGGUACAUUUAAUUAAACUUUUACAAAUAAUUGGACUAAAUUAAUAAUUAUAUACCUACUCUGGUAUGGUUUAAAAGAUAAUAGGCGUGUAUAAUAUAUAUACAGGCUUUAUCUUGAAGAUCUGACAUUUUAAAUAACUUUUGUUUUGUUCAAUAUUUUUAAUUUUUUUUGUGUCUGUGAAUGAAUAAAAAUUUUGAUCUGUAAAUCUUAAUAAUUUAUCGUUUGUAGGUAACUUCAAUGUAUAAAUGACAAUAUUAUAAUUACCUACUAAUAAAUAAUAGGUAGUUAGCUAAAAUCAUCUAUGCAUGUUAUUUUAUUUUUGAAUAACUCUUUCUUUUUUUUUUAAAUUUCAUAAAAAAAAAGUAAAUUUAAAAUCUGUAAUAUUUAUACACAAUAAGUAAAUAUGGUGGCUUAAUAGAUAUUUAAUAUUAAUUUUAUUUCCUAGAGUUUUUUUUUUUUGAUUAACGGAAAAAAAACAAUAAUGUAAAAUGUAUAACUUUAUAAUUAAAAUUUACAAUUAUAUUUAUUAAAAGUCAUAAAAUAUGCAUUUAAAAAGUAUAUAAACAAAAAACUAAAUAUAUUUUCAACCUGUUGAUUUCCUCCUAUUGGCUUGUAUUUUUAUUUUUCAUAAUGAUUUUAAAUAUUUCUGUUCAAAUAAAUGAUUGAAUGUCAUGAUUGUAUACACAUUUUAGAUGCAAAACAAUAUUUUGUGAAUGUAGAUAUGAUGUCCUUUAUAAAUCUAUAUUAUUUGUCAGAUUGAGUUUUAGUAGAAAAUAUGUAAUAUGUAGGUAUGUAGUAAACCGUAAUUUAUUGUAGAGAUGUGUGUGUGUGUGUGUUUAUACGAAUUUUCACUGAAUUCCUGUGCACCGUGGAACGCGUUUUUCUCGAGUUAAUGAUGACGACCAGCAGCCACAGAGACCUAUUGUGGUACCUAUCUACCUAUAGUAAGUUGUUGUAUGCGUUGAUGCCAGACACUAAUAAUAUUCUCUCUCCUCGAUGGUCAGUGUUUUCCCGGACUCCAUUCCGGUUGAAAUUCGUUUCGGUCUCAUUGUUAUCCUUAAUGUUGUCGUCCCCCCUCGAGUCGCUCCCCAUUUCCCCUGUCCCGCGGGUCGUUGAACCGCCUACUCUAGAGUCGGGUUCAUAAUGAUUUCACGGUGUGCACAAAACACUGAUUCUCAGUCGUAUUUAUUCGUGUAUAUACCUAGGUAUACGCGUGCAUUUUUAUAUUGCGCGUAUAUUAUAAGGAUAGACACUUAUUGGUUUUUAUUUUUUCUUACGGCAUUAUUUCGGUUCGAGUUCUCUUCAUUAAUGUUUUAAAAUCCACCCUCGUCCCUUUUUCGACGUUUUCCGACCCCCUAACCAACAAUAGAAAUCCGGCGCCGCGCCGGCCCGGCGAUGUUAUCAUAUUAUAUAACGGUGUAAUGAGUGAAAAAUUGCAUUUCCCCUAUUCCACCCGUGCGCGUGGCUCUCCUCUAUAUACCAGUUAACGGUUGACAUCUAUAGUGUGUAUAAUAACAAUAUUAUUAUAAUGUCUUUUUUGCUCUCUCCCUCCUCGUGUUCACUUUAACGCAUGCUAUAUUUUUAAAAAUAUUUCUGGCACCACUUUAUUUUUCCGUUUCCUCUCGAGGGGAUGUACUUAUAAUAUUAUGUUGCUCCUGCCAACACGUUUACAACACCCGAUCUAUUAUGUUCGGUCGAACAAAAACAUUUCGUUUUGUUUUCGUGUUAUCAAUAUCAUUUUCCGAAACGGACAUUAUAUCAUCAUUCGUAGUUCGUUCAUUAUUUCCUUUAAAAAAAAAUAACCCAUUUUAACCUUUAAAAGUGAAUGUUUAAAUUUUACAAUGAAAUCUACCAUGUUUAUUUUUUACUCUUCCUUUUACGAAAUAAGUAAUUUACGAAAACCUACCUACUUUGGUCGACAUUGAUAAUAUUCGUGUGACAGACACAUUAAGUUUAGAGUAUAUAAACAAUUUAUAGACUAAUUAUUAUGUUGGGCAAUUUAAUUUAAUGUAUGCAUUUUUAAUGUUACCUAAUACUAAUAAUAAUUUUAUGAUUUUAUGAACUCCAAAUCUAUAUAUUUUUAUAAAUAAAAACGAUUUAUAAUAUAUAUAUAUAUAUAUAUAUAUAUAUAAUGUGCAUAAUGACAUUGCACUUUUCUAGUUCUGCAUUUUUUAAAUUAAUUGUAAUUAUAAAUCGGUGUUCUUUAAUUAAUUAUUUGGAUUAAUAUAUGCAUAGGUACCUACAUUGGUUAUUAUUUAUAUUCUGAUAAUUAUUUUCGCCCAACAAAAAUAUUUCGUGUUACCAUAAUAAUGUGGGAUUAAAAUCGUAGGUUGUUAUUGAACAACAAUGCGAUCCAAUUAAAAUAAACCUUAACUUUGUAAAUCAAACAUUUUUUCAGUGGUUUGCAAUUGGUUUUUUGAAAAAUCGCGCGUGUUUGAUGACCGUAUCUUUUAAAAUAAUGGUAACCACUGACGCGACACAAAAUGUGAGAGAAAACGAUCUCUAAUUUUAUUUCUGGCCCAUUCGUAUAACAGUCGUGUGGUGGUCGCGUUGUCGUCAUUUACACUUACGUUAUCGGCCGCGUGUGUGGUUUGAUGAAAAUAUUUCCAAUUGAAAUUGUUUUUAUUUUAUUUUUUAUAUGUUUAUAUACAUACAUUUAUAAUAUCUCAUUUCCGCGUCUUUUAAUGGUAAAUAAAUCGCGGGGGAAAAAAUUUACCAAUCUGUUAUACGCGCACAGUAUGAAUAAAUAUUUGCUGUGAACCAACAUAAUAUUAUUACUACUCCGUGUACAGCUGAUAUUCAGGUACCUGCCUUUAUUUUUAUACUAUACAGCUAUACAUAUUUUAGAUUAAUUCGAUUAUUUUAAAGUAAAAUAUAAAUUGUACGUUCUACCGAAACGGUAAUUAUUUUUUUUCUAAACCUCAAGAGCACCUAUACCUACGAAUCAUUUUUUACAUUCGUGCUUUAUCGUAUUAUUACCUAUACCUAACUAAUAAUUUAAGUACCGGCAGGUACCAAUAAUACCUUUAAAAUAUGUUUGAGUACGUUUUACUUAUUAAUAAUAUUUUACAAAUCGGUCAUUCGGAAACGAUGGCCGCCUGUGUUCAGUAUUCUGAUAUUGUCGACCGUUACUGUUUUUCAUACAAAAUUGCCAUUACUCGUAAGAUUGGUAUUAUGCACUUGCACUGUGUAGUCAAAUUACCUGUAUUUCAUUCGUAUUUAGGAAAAAUCGAAUAUACAUUAACAUAAAUAAUACACUAUUAUAUUAUAAUAUAUAACUUCACAAUAACGUUAAGGCAUAUUUCCAUUGGAUGGUAACGAUUGCAGUGACGGUUUUAAUAUAAUUAUUAUGUUCCAACGCAUUAUGCUACUAUAUCCAAAUGAUAAUAUGAACAAAUAAAUAAAUAAAAUAGAUUUAGCUUGGAGUUGGCAAUUUUAUUUUAUUUUAUUUUUUUAUUAUUGUUUGAAACGCUAAAACAUGGAAACCAUUAAUUAUUAUUUACGGUCUACUGACUUUAUUUUCGUAUUGUAUCUACGUUGACAACCCGAUAAGGACCUAAUUUUGUUGUCGACACUGUUGUUUUCGUUUUACGGAAUGCAUCGUUUGGACGUAAAAUAAAUAAUCGACAUUGUAUGAUUUUUAGAUUGGAAUUGCGUGUAGGUAGAUAAUUAGAGGUAUAAGAGGUAGUUAACGAAUUUUGUUAUUACGAAUUAUGAUCGUGUGAAAACGUCUUUAAAAAAUAAUAAUAAUAUUAAUAUAUGAUUAUAUAUACAUAUAUAUAUGAUAAUAAUGAUUUCGUGUCUUACAUUAUUCUAUUUUAUAGAAAAAAUAUUAUCAUAACUUGUUAUAAUAUUAUUUAGGUGUAUCGCGCACAAUAUUUUGAUGCAUUUCGUGUUUUUGUCAUUUAAAAAAAUGAUAAUUAUAAAAAAAAAGACUGACAUACUGCGCACGUGAGUGUGCAUCCACUGUUUGUAGGUGGGAAUUUGGAAAGGUAGGAUAUAUAAGGUUAUUUCAUUUAUAUCUGUAACCAAAGAUAAACCAUUGCUGACGAAAGACAAUUCUGAGCGCCGUAUUUUUUUUAUUUUUUACGAUUUUCGUUUUAAGUUGAUUUCAAAACGCUUAUUAAAAAAAAAAAAGUCAUCCAAUGAUUUUGGAAAUUUUACCAUAUCUUGAGAAGUCGAAUAUAAGUAAUAUUACCAAGUUUCAAGUCUAUGUGUAUUUAUAAUCAAAUAACAGCAAAAGAAUUCCCAAAAAUUAAAAUUCCUUAAAAGACUAAAAGUGGCUCAAAAGUUUUAGUGAUGUAAUCAUGAGAAAUUAAAUCAAAAAUCUUGUGAUUUUUCGAUUAAGUCAUUUUUUUGGUAGAAAACGUCGUCCAUGUUUUUAUAAAAUAAUGUGAUCGUGAAAUUGUACUUUGUCCUACGUUUUUUCCCACUUAAGUGCUUUUAUUUAAAAAUUAGCGUUGAAAAUCAAAAAAUGACUUAAGUACAAUCUAGACAAUUUGAGCUUUUAGAAAAGCCGUUAUACGUAAAAAUCGGAACAAGUUUACUAGAAAAAAACGUGUCCACAAACUAGAACAAAGAAGAAAAAAAUAAGUAUUGUAAAACCAGUAGCUCACUCGCUACACUCGGAAUCUAAAAUCCUGUACUAAAAGGGUCGUAUGACGUUUUAAAAAAUAAUCGUUUAAAUUCUAACAAAAUUUAAUAAGACAAUAGACAGUACGGUACUGUAGAUACGUAUUUAUUUUUAUGCAAUUUUGUAAGUUUAUCAUGAAUAAAAUUAUAUUAUUAUACCUAGCUUGUAUUUUAUAAAUAUUUCCGAUAGAGUAGUUUUUGUUUUCUAUAUCUGGUCCGUGAUUGUUGUAAUUCACAUAUUUUUGAUAUGACUAGUACAACACCACUUAAACAGAAAAAUUAUCAUCUCAAUACAAUAUCGUUUGCUUAUACUGGUAUGUACUUAUACGAAAAUAAAAUCAAACAAUUUAUUAUUACUAAUAUAUUAAUCAUUACUUUACUGUGAAUGUAGUUUGAUUUAAUAAUAACAUUACUAUACUAAAAUAAUUCAAUAAAUAUAAAAUCAUUUAGGUCGGUGUUAGAAAAAAUUUUAAAAUUAUUGUAUGCAAUUAGUACUAGUGUUAGUUUUAUUAAUUUUUAAAAUUAUAGUUGAUUAGUUUGGUUUAGGCUGAUUAGGUUAAUUGGCAAUAACCACUUGGGUUGGCCAAGUUAAAUAGAUUUUAGUACUAAACUUUAAGGUAUCAUAAAAUAAUUUCCUAUUGUAAAUUAGUGAAAUUGAAAAUAUUUUUUAUGAUGAUUUAGAAUCGUAAACUUCGUGCUAGUCAAUUGGUUGUUAAGUUAAUUGUAAUAAAUUGGCAAACGUCAUAAUAUAAGAGGUUGGCGAGUUUGUUUUGCUGUCAAUUAAUGUUUUUUUCUUUUUUUUUUUUUCUGACAAUGUUUACAGUCGAAGGAGAAGCUAAUGUGAUCGACGAAAGCGGAGAAGAUUCUGAAGAAGACGGUGGUGGAUGGAACUAUUACAAAAAGUCUGAUACAGAAGACACAACAAAAAAAGUGUACCAAGGGGAGGUCAACGACCAAAUAACUGGCACUAAUUUCGACGUAAAGAAAAAUAUUAUAUUCUAGUCAAAUUAUAAUCAUGAGUUAUGACUGUCGUCGUAAUUAUUGAUUUAAUUACUACAAAAUAUAUGCGUAGCCAUACAACUACAAUUAACCUACAAUUAACAAAAAUAUACCUAUAAUAAUUGUGUUGACCAAAAUUAUUACUAACAGUUUUAAACUAUUUCAGGCCGAAGACAUGGAUUAUAAACUGAAUCCGGACGCCCCAGAGUUCGUGCCAGUGUCUUCGCCACCAGCAAACCACGCACAGCGAUUCCUCAACAUGGAUAAUGAUGACUUUAUAUCGUCUUCGCCACAAAAAUACAAGGAAUCCAUUGAAAAUGUUGAUGUACCUGACGAAAAUGACUUCACCAACGAGAUCAAAGUGCAUGCAGCAGAUUUGUCUAAGCUCAACAACCCUUUUGGUAAUGAUUAUAAUAUUUUAAUAAACCCAAAAGUAUAAUAAUUUAUUAUGAUUUAACAUUUCUUGCAUUUAAAAUUUAAAAAGAAACCAAGUUUUAUUUGUUAACUUUAAAACAUUUUACAUUUAAAAAAAACAAACUUGAUUUUGUAUAGAGCUUAUUGGAUAAAUAUUUUAAAUUUUUUUUUAACACUAGAGUAAUACUUUAUAUCAUCAUAUUAUUAUCUAAAUACAGAGUAUUAAUAAUUUUAAAACAAUUACAUUUUGAUAAAAUAAAAAUAAAUUUAAUGAAGUAGGUACUAUACAUAUUAUUAUAUUAUUAACUGUAUAGUAUCUAAUCGCCUACUAGUGCACCUAUAUACAUUUUAUAAAUAACAAAUGAGUCAUCUAAAAUAAAAUAAUUUAUAUUAUUAAUAAAGUUAAUACUUAGUAAUUGUACUGGUCAUAAAGUUAUACUACUUCUAAAAUGAUUUUAAAAAAACAGAAAAUAAAAAUCCAUUUAAAAAUAUUUAAGCAACAGUUUUGUACAAACAUAUUUACUCAUUUUGCAUAUAUUAAAGAAUUUAAUCAUAAUAUUUAAUUUUAUUAUCUAUAUAUGUAUAUAUAUAACAGUGUUUUAAUCUAAUUCAACCAAAUUGUGAAAACAAUAAAUCACUAAUCAUCACUAUUAAAGAUAUAUUGGUUACUCAACGAGGCUCAACGACGAGACGCUCGAAGUGUCUUUUACUUUAAACGAUAAGAAAUGUCUUACAGCGUGCUCUGUAGUAAUUCUAAAAUGAACUGACGCAGUAAAGGUAAAUAAAUAAUGAUAAUCACGAUUUCUAAGAUGUUUUAGUCUGUCAUGACUUAUGAGCACUAGUUGUCUUUUCUUAUCAACAGAUUAUCGAAGAUACUUAGAGAACCAAAUUCGAUGUUCUUAUCAUAGGUCAUUAUAUAACCAAUAUAACUUUUAUUGUGCUAUUUAUUUAACAUUUACUUACUCUGUCCUCUAGUCCAGAGAUUCUCAAUUUUUUUUUUUUUCUCACCAUCAAUUAUAUUAUAAAUAAUAAUUGAACUAUAGUAUAAUAGUAUAAUAGUAUAAUAUUUAUUUCAAAAUGAUAAAAGUAAAAUAGUAAAAUACUACAAUAUAAUUAAUAUAAAAAAGAGCCUAUACUAUAGACGGUUGUGCCACUGUUGUGGGGGAAAGUUGAAAAGGUAGAAUCUGGUAGUGGUAUUAUUUUUACAAAUUUAAUGUUGAUUUAUAUAAUAUUUAUUUUCAGAGCCAAGUGAUGAAUCUACAAUGCUGAAUGGCAUUAAAUCAUUGAAUGAAGAUGUAACUGAGCAAGAUGAAACCGAAAAUAGUUUUGUGUUCCAAAAUGAGCACAUUAGUAACCAUAAUUCAAAUGAGUACCAAAAACCAUUUCAUUCUGGCAAUAAGAUUGACUUAGACCAAGUGCAAGACUUGACUGACUUGGUAGAUUAUGAUAAUGAAGAUGAAGAUACUCAAAAUAAUACAUAUAAAUCUGAUCCAUUUAUAUCAAUAAUGGAAACUUCUAAAAUUAAUGAAUUUAUAUCGACCAAUGGAAAUAAUGAAUUACAAAAUGAGUCUGACAUAAAGUUAAAUAACGAUUUCUCAUUGGGUGAACACAUAAAAUAUGAACAUGAUAUGAAUUCAAAAAAUGUUGAUGACACAAUUAGUACAGUCAAUGCAACAAUCGGUUCAACUUUACAAUUUGAUGAUACAUCUUUUAAACAUGAUGAAGAUUUAAGAAAUGAAUUUUCGGAAGAAAAUCAUAUUGAUAAAUCAGCUCAAUAUGAUAGUUAUAAUAAGUUAAAUGAUAGUGUAAGCACAACAGGUGCUGUAUUAGGUUCAGAACCUAAUACUCCAAUCCAAAUGGAUAAUCAGUCAACUUUUGAAUCUGAAAAUGAUGAUGAUCAAUUUUCUGAACCAUUCAAACAGCGAUUGCAAUUCAAUCAAUUUGAUGAAAACAACGAUAAAGAAAAUCAUGAUCCUUUCUGUUUUGAACAAACUGAAGAUCCCGCUGGAAUUAUACCUAAUGUAGUUCAUGAAGUAAAUGAAGUAGUUCAUGAAACACACCAUGAUGAUACUUUUGUAUCGAAUGAUAGUUCAAACGAAAAACAAGGUUCUGAAUCAAUUAAACAUGAACCUGUAGAUGAACCAAUAUGUAUUAAAGAAAAAGCUAAACCUAUUCACUCGGUAUAUGAACAAGAAUAUUUACCGGAAUCUGAUUUCUCUGCAAGUACCCAUGAAGCUUUAUUAAAUACCACUGAAAGUGUGUCCAACCAACAUGAAAAUAAUAUUAAUACUGAACAACUUGAACAACAAAUUAUUGAAAACCAUGUUGAAACUAAACAAGAGUAUGAUGGGGAAUAUCAAAAAGUUGAUGAACAUUUAAAACAAGAUCAGUACACACUAGAUAAUUACAGAGAUCAUUAUAGUCUAGAACCAAAAGAUACAGAUGAUGUAGAACUAGAGGAUAGUGAUGUAGAUGAGAUUAAAUAUCAUGCAGAAGGUCUAAAACAAGAAUUUGAUAAUGAUGAUACUAGUGAUUAUGAAGCAGAAAAGAUGGUUGUAAAUUCUGUUCAUAAUGAGAUCGAAAAUUUAUCUUCAGAACAUAAUUCGGUUAGUGAUGAAAACAAACAUGUUGUUGAUGUAAAUUUAGAAAAAAAUGCAGCUGAUUAUAUUGAAAAUCACAUUGACAAUUCUGAAACUAUGAUGCCUAUUGAAGAUAUUAAUAUAAACCCAGCACAUAAUGUUGCUGAUGAUUUACAGAAUUUUGUAAAAGAUUCAUUACAAAGUAAUUAUGAUAUUAUUGCUAUUCAAAACAGCACUGAAAAUAUUGAAAGAGGAAAUGUCAAUGAUUCUGAAAUUAAACCUAGUAAAGCCAGAGAUAAUUUGAUACUAGUAGAUGAAUUCAAUAAAGAAACAUUAGAAAAUAUUUUAAGGCAAGAUAGAAACAACGAUGGAUUAAUGCAUGGAUUUAUUGAAUAUGAGAAAAGAGGAGAUGUGUAUGAAAUAGUACAUCGUCAUAUACACGAUUGCGUACAGGAAGUUGAAGUUAUUGCUGAAAUCUCAGGUGAUGAAGAUUUCCGAGAGAAAGUCCUUGCUAUUUCUGAAAUGAAACGAAAUCAAGUAAAUAAUUUCCAACAGGAAAUUGAUUUCAUUCCUGAAGUUGAGCAUAAUCUUGUGAAUGAUUUCAAACAGGAAAAUGAUGUUAUUUCUGAAGAUAAGCAUAGCCUUGUAGAUGAUAUUAAACAGGAAAGCCAUGCCAAUUUCGAAGUGAAGGACAGUCUUGUGAACGAUUUUAAACAAAAAAGCCAUGUUAUUUCUGAAGUGGAGGACAGUCUUGUGAACGAUUUUAAACAAAAAAGCCAUGUUAUUUCUGAAGUGGAGGACAGUCUUGUGAACGAUUUUGAAGUGGAAAAUCCUGAUAUUUCUGAAGUUAAGCAUAGCGCUGUUGAUGAUUUGAAACAAGAAGAUAAUUUUAAUAAAGUUGAGCAUAAUGAUAUUGAAGAUGUUAUUUCAGAACAUUUAAAUACUACAGAAAUUGCAUAUAAUAAUAUAGAUUCUAAACAAGAACCAACUGAUGUCGAUAAAAUUGAAAAUAAUUCUGUUGAAAAUCUCAAGCAAAAUUAUUCUGUUGUUUCUGAAUUUGUACAGGGUCAUAAUGACGAUUUUCAAGAACAUCACGAAAUUGAAUCUGUUCAGAACCACACUGUAGAUAGUGAUGAAGAAAUGCAUUCAUCAAUGAUAAUUCAUUCUAAUGUGGAAAACAACAUACCUCAACCAUAUUGCUCAGCCAAUGAUGCAUUGCUAAUAAAAGAACCUGAUAUGAUGUGUACUAGCAUGACUUUUGAGGAGAAUUUCCAGAACAGGAACAUGAGCGAUUCGCUGUAUGUGAUGGAAACUAGUUCAGAUUAUUUUGGUGAAGAAAUUCAACCAAACACACAAUUUGAAAAAUCUGUUGAUGAGCCCAAAGCUGAAGAGCAAUCAUCAAAUAUUGAUAAUGAACAUAUUGAAUCUGAAAAAAUUCAAAAUGAAAUUUUGACUGAAACAAAAUCCGAAUUAGAUAGCGAAUCAAAAGUAGAAGAAGUUAAAACAGAAGCAACUGAAAUGAAUAAAUUAUCUUCAAUAGAUGUAGUGGAAAAAGUUGAUGUACAAGAAGAAAACAACAAGGUAAACUUUAUAAGUUUAAUACUAUUAUUAGUUACAUUUUAAUUAUACUUAUUAUUAUUAAUUUAUUUAUUCCAGGUUGCUGAAAUAGCAGUUGCUGCAGCUGUUGGUGCUGCUACUGUUGCAGCUGUAACCGGAGUUAGUUUAGCUUCUAAGAAAUCUGCCCCUAAAAAAAUAGAAACUACUGUUUCUAAAGCUAAAACAACAACAACAAAAACCACUUCACCUAAACCUUUGGUUUCAAAAUCAUCAGCUCCUAUUCUUAAAAAAACCACAGCAUUAUCUACAACAUCAAAACCAUUAUCAAGACCUACAACAACUCCAUCUACUACUUCAAAGCCAACUGCUAAUGUUCGACCUACAACUGCUCUAAAAACAACUGCUUUAAAAUCAACAACAGCACCUAUAAAAACUGCUCCUAAGCCAGCUGCCAAGACUUCAACUACUAUGUCUCGGCCAGCACCAACCAAGACCACACCAACUACAGCCAGAGUUUCUUUAACUAAAACAACUCCAACAGCAUCACCUAAAACUCCUACAUCUCCCAAAACUGCAUCAGCUACAAAAUUGACUACCACAGCAAAGACUACACCACGAACAUCUACUAGCAUAAGCAAACAACCACUAACUAAUGGUUCACCAAAACCUGCGAGCCGUCCAAUUUCUGCACCAGCAAAGAAAACUCUAAGCAGUACAACAAAUGGUACUACUAAAUUAACUAAUGGUGAUGUUUCUAAGGUAUCUUCUACAACUAAGCCACCCAUCUCUUUGGCUACAAGAAUGAGUUUGGCUCCUCCCAAAUUGCCUCCAAAAGUAAAAGUUGCGCCCAAAACUGCACCACCAGCUGCAAUGCCGGGGCCAAUUAGAAGACCUAAAGCUCCCAUCACAAAAAAGACUGAGACGGCCACUUCUUAAAUUUGAUAUAUUAUCACAUUUAAAAAAAGAAAUGCAUAACUUAUUAGUUAUUUUAUAAAAUUUGAUUUAUUAUUAUUAUUUUUUUUUUUUUUUUUUUUUUUUUUUUUAUCAUGUUUUAUUUUGUGAUUUUUUUUAACAUUAUGCUGCUAAAUAUUUGAAAAAUUAUAUUCAAAUUAUCAAUUUGAAUUAGCGAAUUAAAAAUUGAAAUUAUUCGCUUUUUUAGCAACACUAUUGAUAUAUUAUAUAUAUAUAUAUUAAAAAAAAAAAAAAAAAAAAAAAAAAAUUUAAAAAAAAAUGUUUUAAGUGAUACAUUUAUACUUAUUUAUCAAGAAACAUACAAAUAUUUUAUACAUAAGUUUUAGUUAAAAAUAUUAUUUGCAUUAAUGCAAAGCGUUUAUAAAAAAAUGUUUUGCCUCUAGUAUCAAACAAAUUAUCUGUUGUUAACUAAACUAAAACUAAGCUUCAAAUGUAUUUAUUUUUUUUCUAGGUGCUAUACAUUAUUUCAAACAUAAUAUUUUCAAACAUUUAACCAAUGGACAUUGUCAUUUUUAUGUUUACCUAUUUAUUUUUGUGUACAAUGUUUUAAAUAGUUUCACUUUUAUUUUUUUUUUAAAUAUUUUUCUAUGUAAUGUAAAAUCCAUUUUCACUUAUUAUUUAUUCAUAUUGAUAUUUAUUUGGACUACAUUAUUAUUUUUAUUAUAAUUAUCCUCUGUUCCCACGCUUAGCUAUUAUUAUCUAUUUUUACUUAAUAUGAAUGUUCUGUUGGAAAACAUCUUAUUUAGGCUACAUUCAUAAUAUUAACAAUAAUAUCUUAUUCGUUAAUGGUAUGUUUUUAUUUUCCUUAUUUUUUAUUGAAACAGACAAACAUUGUGUUUUCUAUCAUAUGUAUAAUAAAUUCAAAGGUAAUAAAAAAUGUUGAAUUCACUUUAUUUCAAAAUUUUAUAAUGAUUUAAAUUGAAUAGAAAAUAUAAUUUACUAGUUUUUUAAAUUUUAUUCUCAUAUGAAAAACAAAAGUUAUAUUGGUACUCCUGAAAUAGUAUAAAAAAUUCAAGUACAAAAGAAAAUUAUAGGCAAAUGAAACAGCAUACCACAAUAUUUCCAAUUUCAUUGUUUUUAAAUUUUACAACUAUUUUCUACUAGAAAUAAUGCUUCAAUCAAAAAACUAUAGAUUAAAUUUUGCUCCUUUAAAAAUAUCUUAACUGACAGAGAAUAUCGUUUUUGUAGCAUUUUUAAUAUAGUUCAUGUAGUAAUGCCCACGGGAUAUAUUUUAAGAGAUUUCUUCGAGAGGGAAAAACAUAUUAUAAGUACAAUACUAUAACUAUUAUUACUAAAUAAAAGAUUUUUAAUGAAAUAAAAUUUUAUUUUAUUUUGUGAUAUAAGAUGUGUUGUUGACUGUAUAACUUGAUUUCAAAAUGAAAUUGAAGAAGACAUUUUGGAAGGGGUUUUUACACUCUAACCCCACCUCUCCUCUUAGUGUGCCACUAAGUAUGAAUAAGUAAUAUGUUUUUUUAACUUUCUUGAUAGUUUCUUUAAUAAUUGAAAAAACCAGGAAAUAACAAAAACUGAAAACUGAUAAAUUUACGGAGUACAAUACUAGGAUAAUUUAAUUUUAAAUUUGUACAACG